AUGAACACAUCGGAGGCAAAGGAUUACCUGACAGACAGACAGAUCCCCCGGCUGUUCGAGGUGGGUAGGUUAUCACUGUCUGUUAUUAAUGUGUGAUAAUUAUCUAUAGCAUUAACUACACCAACUACCGUGUACCAAACAUAGAUUGUAAACAUACAGUGUGCAUUAUUAGCUAUCAAUACAUCUAUCUAUCUAUCGAUCUAUCUAAUCAUCCAUCUAUGUAUCUAUCUAUCUAUCUAUCUAUCUAAUAACAGCUAUCUAUCUAAUCACAGCUAUCUAUCUAUCUAUCUAUCUAUCUAAUCACAGCUAUAUAUCUAUGUAUCUAUCUAUCUAUCUCUCUAUAUAUAUCUAAUCACAGCUAUAUAUGUAUGUAUCUAUCUAUCUAUCUAAUUACAGCUAUCUAUCUAUGUAUCUAUAUAUCUAUCUCUCUAUAUAUAUCUAAUCACAGCUAUCUAUCUAUAAAUAAAUCUAUCUAUCAUGUAUCAAUCAAUACAUCUAUCUAAUCACAGCUAUCUAUCUAUCUAUCUAUCUAUCUAUCUAUACCUACCUACAUAUUUAUGUAUCUAUCUAAUAAAUCAUGUCUAUUUAUCACCUAUCUAAUCACAUCUAUCUAUCUUAUCACAUCUAUUUAUCAUCUAAUCGCAUCUGUCAUUUAUCUAUUUAUUUAAUCAUAUUUAUCUAUUUAAUCAUAUCUAUCUAAUCACAUCUCUCUACCUACAAUUGUAAUUAUCUGUCUAUUUAAUCAUAUCUGUCUAUCCGUCUAUCCAAUCAUAUCUAUCUAUCUAUCUAUCUCCUGUGUGUUGUGAUACAUCUUACAUGUUGAUAAUGGUCCUGUAACCUUAAUGUGUUUUUGCCAAAAAAGUGUGAGGCACAGGACUGACUAGCCAUGUGUAUGCUUCUGUUGUCUGAAUAGAUAAUUACGGUAUAUUUAUUUAUAAUUGUGACAUUAAAAUCACUGUUUCCAUAUACACUAUUAUAAUAACGUCUGAUCAGUGCCAAGGGUCAAUAAAUAAGGCUCAGUAAUUUAACCCAUUGUACUUGGACCUUAUCGUUAAUUGGCCACCCUCUUCCAAGACCAUACCACCUCCCUCCUAACAGCCUUUGCUGCAGAUUAAAUCCUCAUGAAAGGAAUGUGCAUUAACAUGACAAACACAAAAGCAUCAAUGGGGAAGAAACUCAGGUGGGCUCACAACUACAGCAAGGGUGCUAUUAUUAAUUGUUACAAAGAGCUUUCAUAUAUUUGGCAUGAUGAAGGCAAACGCGUCAGGGGGUCUACAAAAGCAAUCACUUUAUUUCAUCUGAGUUCUGCUAGGAAGAAUUUAGCAUAAUCCAGAUUUAUCACAAAGCUGAGAUUUGUUGUUUUAAUAUAUAAUCUCACUCCCUAUCAUCAUAAUCUAUUUCUUAAGAACAUUGGAUGAAAGAGCAUGAUUAAAUGCCAUUUAUUUGCCCGAUGUUUAUUUUUUUUCACUUUUUUUUUUUUGCAAGAAAUCUGAAUGAGAGAACCUGCAAAUAAAUGUGCGCAGUUUGGUACGUUUUGAAUUGAUGUGUUUUGAUCAGCGUGGAUGAUUAUCUGCGUGUGAAGAGGUUAGGCAAAUUCACACAGCAAUGAAGUCAGUGGAAAAUUGGAUUCAAUACAUUAUGUAUGAAUGAUUUUAUUUACAUAGAUCUAACAGGUGUACUUUGCUGUUUGUACGGUAAAUGACAGUAAAGGGAGGUACGGUAAAUACAGCAGUUAUACUGUGAAUUUAUACUGUAUAUGCGCAAAUAGCUGUUUAGCACUUUAUAGGAAAAAAUUAUCAAGAUAAAAAUCGUACUGUUUAGGGGUAAAGUGCUAAAUAAAAAAACAGAAUAUUUCAGAAUAUUGAUACAUCUCCCCUCAUAUAUUACCUUAUCGUAAAGGGAGGUACAUUAUGUGUAGCUGUCCAGCAUACAAAUAUACAAUUUUAUAGCGGAGGUUACCUAACAUACUGCAAAUACAGUACUUAUUCAGUGAAUGUAUAUUUAAAGGGACAUUGUAGGCACCAAAACCACUUUAGCUCCUAACUAUUCAAAUAUAUUUCAUUUUAACAAAACAGGGCUUUAGAAAGGAGCUCGUAGCUUUUCUUAACAGCACUGUCAAUCAGGGAGACAGAAGUUAUACUACCUGGAUCUCACCUGCGUAGCGUGUUGACGUGAGAGGAACUUGCCUACACUGUUUGCAGCCAGUGGACGCUUCUAGGUCCGUUUCACAUUAAUGGUGAUGUACCACUUUACAGGUUACAUUACAGUAGAGAAAUGUAUAGUGAGUGCAGCAGUUAAAAAAUAUAGUAGUAGUAGCAACAACAUAUUCCGCAGCGCUGUACAAUCGGGCAAGAUAGACAAUGUAAUAUAGACAUACCUAUACAGAAGUUAUAGAAGACCCUAUCCGUAAGCUUAGAUCUAGCAUUUACAGCCCUUUUUAUACAAAGUACUGAGCUUACAAUCUAAACGUUAUUAUGGGACUUGAGACAAGAGGACGCAGGGGGAAAUUUAAAGGUAAUGGACAGAUUGCCAUAGAGCAACGUUUCCCAAAUGGGGUUCCAACAAAAUUUCGGGAAACAAAAUAGCCACCGAGAUAAUUGAGGUGGGCGGCGAGGGAGCUGAGCAGGGGAGAGUGCUCCCUUGCCGCCCACCUCAAUUAUCGUGGCGGGCCAUUAUCGCUGUGUGCACAGCCGUGAUACCGGAGCCAGAAUAUGACAUCACUCUGGCUCCAGGAUCACUAAGAGGUGUGCGAGGGAGCUGAGCAGUAAAAUCACUGCUCCCUCACCACCCGCUCAACCCAGCAGCCCCACUGGACCCCAAGGAAUGCACGCCAGCCGCUCAGAAGAGCAGCCCCACUGGACCCCAGGGAAAUAGAGACUCCAUGCCAGCACUCCCAAAGGUAGGGAGGCUGGUUGGAGUAAAAUUUAAAAAAAAAAAAAAAAUUGUGUGUGUGUCUGUUAAAGAGUUUGUAUGUGUGUUUGUCAUUGAGUGUGUAUAUGUGUUUGUAUGUGUGUCUGUCAAAGUUUGUGUUUGCCAAUGAGAGUGUAUAUGUGUCUGUCAAAGAUUAUGUGUGUCUGAGUGUGUGUCAGUGUGUGUAUCUGUGUGUCAAGGUUUGUGUAUGUGUCACUGUGUGUGUGUGUAUGUCAGUAUGUGUGUAAUGGUGUGUGCCUGUGUAUAUCAGUGUGUUUGUAUGUGCCUAUGUGUGUGUGUAUCUGAGUGUGUGUCAGUGUGUGUAUAUGACACUGUGUGUAUGUGUCAAUGUGUGUAUCUGAGUGUGUGUAUGUGUCAUGGUGUGUAUCUGUGGGUGCAAGUGUGUGUAUAUGUCACUGUGUGUAUCUGAGUGUGUGUGUAUUUGUGAGUCAAGAUGUGUGUAUGUAUCACUGUGUGCAUCUGAAUGUGUGUAUGUGUAUCUGAGUGUGUGUAUCUGUGUGUCAAGAUGUGUGUUUGUAUGUCAGUGUGUGUAUCUGUGUGACCCUAUGUGCCAGUGUUUGUGUGUAUCUGUGUCAGAUACAUACACACACAGAGAUACACACUGACACACAGAUACACACACUGGCACAUACAAACACAGAUACACACACCUUGACACACCAGCACAUGCAAACACAGAUACACACACUUUGACACAUUGAUACACACACCUUGACACACAGAUACAUGCACACACAUGCACACUCACACCCACACAGACACACACUGUGUGUCACUGUGUGUGUAUCUGUGUGUCAGUGUGUGUAUCUGUAAGCCACUAUGUGCGUAUCUGUGUGUCAGAUACAUACACACACACAUACAGACACACACACACACACAGAUACACACACUGGCACAUACAAACACAGAUACACACACCUUGACACACAGAUACAUACACCUUGGCAUACAGAUACAGAUACACACUGUGUGUCAAGGUGUGUGUAUCUGUGUGUCGUGUGUGUAUCUGUAUGUCACUAUGUGCCAGUGUGUGUAUCUGUGUUUCACAUACAUACACACACACAUUCACAGAUACGCAUUGACACACAGACACACAUCGGCACAUACAAAAAACGGCGCACAUUUUUAGACAUUUUGUUGAUACACUAUGUCAAAGGGUUCCACAGGAAAAUUUAAUUGGGAACCCCUUCUAUAGAGCAUUUUCACAGAUUACAAUGAUGUAAUGGCUGAGGAAGUAAUAGAGGAAGAUGCCAAGCACUUGGGAAGCCAUGCUGUAAAAGAAGCAGAAUCCAGGGUGGGUAGUGCUUAGUAAAAUGGAGGAUAUUGCUUGGAGUGGAUAAGUGAACGAGGCCGCUAGAUGGAGUGGAAUGCAGGGAUGGGGAAUUCCUAUUGCCGGAUAUCCAGGACAUGUGUUUUUUGGGGGGCUUUGAGACCGGCAGCGACAAAUCGGCAGGGCUGGUCCGGGUGAGGACAGGGUCUGAGCAAGGAGUGUGUGAUCUGCUUUUCCAGUGGGUGCAGACCAUAGUAAUCGGUCCCUUGUGUCUGGGGGCUCACUGAUGAGUCAGAGCACAGACAUCAGGAUUCCCAGUAUGCCGGGAAUGCAAGGGAGCGAUUAUUGAGGUCUGCACCCACGGCAGGUGCAUACAACACACAUCCACAAGACUUUGCAGGUUAUAUUACCGUAGAUGAAGAUCCUGUAAAUUUCAGUACUUAUUACAGGGGUGUUGCUAGGGUCAUAAAACAUCCUUGGCUUGAGCCCCAAAAAUUUUUGGGUGACCCCCUCCCUAAAUCCCCAUCUCUUGGUCUAUUUUACAGUGUACGUAUGGACACAAUAAAGCUGUUUUAGAUCUACAUUCCAAAUAUAACAUUAUAACCUUUAUUUUAAAGUGAUACUCACAUUCUUUUUUAAAGUUCAUCUUCCUUUCCUUCUGCCUCUUGCAUCACAAUUAUUCUAACUCUCCUCCCCAGCUACUUACCUUUAUUUAUAGUUAUUAUCUUUUCUUCUUUGAAUUGGAACUCAGUAUCAGGGCAGCGCCAUGUUGUUCUCCUCUGUCCAUCAUGUCUGUAGUUUUUGGGAAUCUUUGGACUGUUGGAGUGUGGGUAAAUCACCAUGGCAACUGAUAAAGAACUUUGCUUGAGAUUCACCCAUUGCUAAAGAUUACUACUUUUUCUUAUGCAUUACAAAAAAAAGAAGGUGAAUAAAAAAUAAAUAAAAACAAGGGUGAAAAGAGGGGAAAAAAGGAAUAAUUGAAAAAAAAACGCAAAGUGAUAGUGUUGCUUUUAGUAGAAUAAGAUCCAGAGGGCCAUUACUCUUUCUGCCUUGGCUCUAAUGGCUCGUUGUAACAUAAUCCCACAAUGAUUUACAGACAUGGAGGCCAGUGUUCCCUAUUUUUGGAUGUGGAAUUGAAAGCCACGUUAAAGCGUCUGUGAGGAGAUGCGAAACGCAUCCAGAAUUUCUCUAAAAAUCUUUUUUUUUCUCUCCCCACCACCCCUCUACCCGAUACAAAGAUGACUUUCUCUAUGUUUGUCUUUGUAACACAUUUCGUCGGAACGUGCCAUGUAAUGUCAUGCAAGGGUGCAGAUAAAGAGUUUAAUAACUUUGCUGCCACCUCCGUCAAUAGUCAUUAAGAGUUCCUGGCUGACUAAGGUUAAAUCAGUGCAUAUAGUAUGUCUGUUGUUAGCAGGCAUAGCAUGGUGGUGACAGAGACAAUCUCCUUGCUGCCCAAGUCCUCUUCUUAGCAUAUUCUUAUUCAUGUCCGUCCCCCUGCGGUCAGGGGGAGUGAUGUCACCAUCGGAGGAUCAGGCUGCCGAGAGAACUUGGGAUGGCGUGGGAUCGCAGUUAGGAUUAUCCUUUCUUUUGUUUUGUUUUUUGUUUUUUUUAACACGAGGGUACCAUUCCAGCAAGGCUCACUCCAUCCAAAAUAGUUUUAUUAGUUUGGGUAACUCUAAAAAAAGCAUGUACAAUUGACCUUGUUGUAACCUUUUUUAGGUAUUUUUUUAUUACUUUUGUAUAUAUUUAGGUUAGCUUAUAAAGUUUUUAAAGAAAAAAAAAUAAUUCUGUCUCUGUAUACACCAGGUUUAAAGGGUAUUUUUUUUCUGCCUCAUUUUUAAGUUAGUAUUUAUUUAGAAAAAGUUAGAUGGUCAUUUAAUCUGGGUGCCCAACCUAAUGCAAUGUGCUCCCCACACCUGUGCUGAGCAUGUGCGUGUAGAUGACCAUUUCAAAUUUACAUACUUUGUGUUUCGCCAUCACUGUAAGAGUGCUGAAUAGUGUGACUUAGAUGGUCAUUUGGAAUCAGGGCAGGAUUUGACGUACGUUAUUUUUUUAAUUACUGGCAUUUAUAAAGCGCCAACAAAUUCCGCAGCGCUGUACAAAUGGGAAAAAGUCAAACACAAUAAGAACAGACCGAUAGAGGACCCGGCCUGUGAGCUUACAAUCUAAAGGUUAAACUGGGGAGAUGAGUCAAGAGGUAGCAGGGGGAUUUGUAUGUGAUAGCAGAGAGAGUUAAAGGAUCACUAUAGGGUCAGGAACACAAACAUGUAUUCCUGACCCUAUAGUGCUAAACCCACCAUUUAUGUGGCUUGUCCCCCUCUUAACCCACUAUAAAAGUAUAAAACUCACCUUAUUUCAAGCGCCGAGCGUGUCCGCUACCUUUGUAACAUCAUCAAAAUGGCCGAUAUUUAGCCAAUCCAAUGCUUUCCCAUAUCGAAAGCAUUGGAUUGGCUAAAAUCUGCACGGGGCAGGGCCAGAUGCCGUUUUGGAUAAUCAGGACCCCCUCAUAAAGAUGCAUUGAAUCAAUACAUCUCUAUAAAUAAAAUUCAGCAUCUCCAUGCAGAACUUGGGGACGCUAAACGUCAGGGCUGCUUACUGUGCAUCCCUGAACCAGGAAGCCCCUCAUGUGAAAGGAAUGAGGAGGUGAUUGGCUAUGAUUCAGAACAGCUGCAAGAGCAUGCUAUAUAGUUAGAAGGAACGUGGGCAGGUGGGUAGAGCCGGGUAAAAUUAAAAGACCUUCAUGCAGGGAUGUAUGAUGGCUUGGGGCUAAGGAAGAGAGAUAAAGCUGUUACUUAAAAGGCAUUUACAGCUGGAAGUGGCAAGCAGUGUGUGUGUGUGGGGAUAAGGGGGAAUAGAGCAGGCUAGCUAUUUGCUAUAAACAAGUAAGUAUUUGGCAACCAAAUUUCUAACAGCCAGAUUAUUAAUAACUACAUGUAACAUCAAGUACAAAAUAUUACUGUAGUAAACUUUUUGUAACAAUAGUAGUAUCAGUAUAAUAAAGUAAUAAUCUAGUAACAAAAUUAAAAAAAUCUGAUUGAAUAUCUUCUCCAUCUCAGUCCGUACCUUACAGCUGCAGUGAUUAAAAUUAAAAUCUCAAUGUGCCGUGGUGGCACCUUGAGCAGGCAUGAUAUGCCUGUAAAUAUGGGACCACCUAAGUUUUACACCACGCAAGUCACUCUUGGGAAGCAGGAGGGAAACUCUCAAUGGCUCUAUAUAUGUAUAAAUAUCUCCCAGAGGCCGAAACGUUGUCAUUUAGCCUUAAUGACUGAAUAAACUCAAUGUCCAGUACAAUUUCAAUUGAAUGUUCAUUUAUUUAUUUCUGCCUUAUUUUAAGGGGCAAAGUCAAACUGUACUAACUGGUACUAAAACGGUUUAAUGUCGGAUGUUGGGGUGACAACAAGGCAUUUCUGGCACGAAUAGUGGUUAUGGUGCUUGGGGUAUUCCUUUAAAUAAAUGACACUGAUGCAUUAAUGGAACACAGCAAACAUUCACUUAGUUAAAUUAAAUAAGGGUAUGUUCAUCUAAUGACACACUUGUAAUGUUAACUGGGGUAAAACCAUGCAACCAAUGCUCCCAUAUAUCUUUACCCAUGAUUACAUUAUCAACUAUUUUCUUUGUAAUCGAGCGUCAACUUGUAAGUAUGUAUCUGCUAUUCAGACACCCCUCAUUAACUAGCUAUCCCCUCUGCCUCCCUACAUUCCAUUUUCUAACUCACCAACUGCACAUGUCCCCGUGUGGCCAGAGACCAGUUUGUAAUCUUCUUCUAAAUGUGCAUUUUUUUUUCUGCAGAGCCUGCUCACUGGCCUCAUGUAUUACCGACCAGAGGACCCCAUCAAUUAUCUGGAACUAUGUCUACAGAGAGUCCGGGAUUUGGGGGGCACUGAAAAGGUGCAAUGGGACACAUUCCUGAAUCGCAAUUUGCCUCCUAUUAAUGGAGGGGCUGGGAAGAAAGCAGCACACAGACCAGGUAAAUGACUGCAUCAUCCAUAGGAGUAAAACAGGCAUUUGAUCUGCAAUAUUACCCAUAAAUAAUUCGUGUUUUGAAACGUAUCUGAUUUUUCCCCACAUUAUCCUUUCCAAUGUAUGCUGUUAUGAUUGGAUUCAUAUAUUAGCAAAAUGCCGAAAGUCCAACAAGUGGUCAUCUUGCUUUGUCUCACAUUACGCCUUCCCCAUAUGAAAGCAUUAAUUCAGUGUUUUCUUUUGUGAAUUUUCAAGGUGCUUUGCAUGGCAACGGCCAGCGUCGUUCAAUGAAGUUAAAGGAUCACUAUAGGGUCAGGAUCACAAACAUGUAUUACUGACCCUAUAGUGAAAUCCCACCAUUUAGGUUGCUUGCCCCCCCCCCCCUUUAAGACCCUCAGAAUGGGUUAAAACUCACCUUAUUUUCAGCUCUCCGCGGGUCUGCCCACGCUGACCCCACCUCCUUGGUGACAUCAUCAAAAUUGCCCAUUUUUUAUCCAGUCACUGGCUUGGCUAAAAUCGGCAAGGGGGAAGGGGUGCAAAUGCCGUUUUGGCCAAUCAGCACCUCCUCAUAGAGAUGCAUUGAAUCAAUGCAUCUCUAUGAGGAAAAUUCAGCAUCCCCAUGCAGAGCGUGGGGACGCUGAACGUCAGGGCUGCUUACUGUGCAGCCCUGAGUCAGGAAGCCUCUCCAGUGGCUGUCUAAGGAGUGGCCACUGGAGGUGUCCCUAAGGGCAAUGUAAACACUGCCUUUUCUCCGAAUCAUAUCAUAUAAAGAUUAAAAGCAGGUCGACUAUAAAGAAUUAGGGUCCAAAUGUUUUAAAAUGCACCAAACUUGGCUUCUGUAUAGUUUUUUGAAUGUGCUUGGAGUUUUCAUAGAUCUGAAAAGGCAGUGUUUACAUGAAAAUGCCUGAAGGGAGCUAUUAUACUCACCAGAACAACUACAUUAAGCUGUAGCUGUUCUGGUGACUAUAGUGUCCCUUUAACCCCUUAAGGACCAAACUUCUGGAAUAAAAGGGAAUAAUGACAUGUCACACAUGUCAUGUGUCCUUAAGGGGUUAAACUCUGUGAAAGGCCAGAAAGCACAUUUAGUAGCUAUCUGGAAGAGAUCCACUAAAUGUUGUCUUAACCCUGCAAUUUAAAACUUGCAGUUUCUCUAAAAUUGCAAUGUUUUACAUUGCAGGGUUAAGGGGACAGGGACAUUGCACCCAGACCGUUUCAUUGAGGUGAAGAUGUCUGGAUGCCUAGGGUCCCUUUAAUGUAAGCUAUAUUCCGUUUGAAAAGUAAGAUGGCAUCGUUUACCAGCUUUAUUUUAAACCUCUGUUGCAAGAAACCAUAUAUUGUUUACAGGGUUAUUACAUUCACUGCCUCAAAUGGUAAUGCCCUGUCUUGUCUUUUUGUCCAAAAUAUGUUGUCCACCCGAACAUGUCCUCGACUGUUGUAUCUUGUUGUAAAUGUGUUUUUGGUUUUCAACUGUUACAUUAUUUUAAAAUUAUUACUAUAUGUAAUGUUCAAAAUAUGUGUAAUUCAGUGCUUUGUUGGUGCUUGUCCUAAAUAAAGAAUUAAAAAAAAAAAUGUUCUUACAGAAUUCUAUUGUUUAUUUUCAUUUUCUUUAUUUUAGCACUUUCAUUUUUGCCUGGUUUUCCUUUUGAAUGAAAUUAAUUACAUGUUUUGUUCUUGGGCAAUAAGCAGAUCUUGCGAUUCUGAUUAGCUCCCAAAUCAUCCUUAAAUAGAUAGCCCCUGGUACUGUAAUGUAGUAAUGUAAUUAAUAAUGUAGUAAUUUAAUGCUGCAGUUUCUCUGGUUCCUUUUAUUUCAGAGGUCCUUCCUCCCCCAUUGAUACGACGUUAUGAGCGUCUGCCUCCUAUCCAGUCACAAUUCUCCAUUGACAGUGAUUCAGAUAUGACAGAGUCUUCAGGACUUAUCCAGGAAUAUGAUGUAUUUGACCCUAACAGAGAAAGACCCAAAAUAAUCUUUGUUAUAGGUGAGAUGGGGAGCGAAUGUACUCACUGGUCCCAAAUUGAUCUAAAGGGCUACACAGUAAUUCUGGUUCUAUUUGUCCUUAGUUUUGAUGAUCAAACAAAAGAAGUUAGAGAGAACACAGUUAUAGGUUCCAUAAAGUAUCUGAUGAUAUCUGCAGAGAAUUAUCAAAAGGACUAGCCGGAGAGCUAGAAUCUAGGUCAGUAGUUCAGUCUGAGGUCAAGGCAGGUGACAGAUAUCAUAUAAAGAUUAAAAGCAGAAGGUCGACUAUAAAGAAUUAGGGUCCAAAUGUUCUAAAAUGCACCAAACUUGGCUUCUGUAUAGUUUUUCGGAUGUGCUUGGAGCUUUCAUAGACCUGUUUAGAACCCUGUGAUGUCACCUGUAGAAUUUUUUGUUAUGAUUGAUGCGCGCACACUAGAUGCAGAGGACCUAUGACCCAUCUGCAGGGAACCAUCCCACUGCUGAACCCUGAAAGGGAGAUAUUGUCAAACCUGUUGAACCUGAAACAAUUCUAUAUUGGACCUUUUAUAGCCCAUCGUGAAUUCCAGUGUAGUAGUGGUAACUAAGUGGAUCUAAAACCGGUCUUCGUAGAAACUCUAAUAUAUUGUGGCAAAAACACAAGUAAGAAGUGCUCAAUUAGGAAGUUAUAAAUAGCAUCAAAAUGGGAUGUUUUUCACUCUGUGUGGCAAUGACAAUCUAAUCAUACACAAUAAAACGUGAGGAAACAGGAUUAUUGAGGAAAGUGUGAAUUUUAGACUUAACGAGCCCUGCUGAAAACAAGCUGAUUUGAAGAAUGUUUCAAAUAUGACUACUUUAGCCUAAUAUUUGAAAUUUAUCUUGGAUUUCAAACAGUUUGUACUUUGGUGAAUAACCCUACUUUUGACCUUGAGAAACUAUCCAUCACCCAGUUCUAAGGCUGGGUGGUAUUUGGUCCUGUUAAAGGUUUUGAUCGAUUUCUGUCUUCCUUGUUUCAGGUGGUCCAGGGAGUGGGAAAGGAACUCAGAGCACCAAGAUGGCCUCACAUUUUGGUUUUAUCUGUAUUUCUGUUGGCGAUAUUCUGCGCAAACAACUGAUCCAUCAUGCAAGCAGUGACCGCAAAUGGGAAUUAAUUGCCCAGAUUAUCUCUAAGGGAGAACUCGCUCCUCCUGUACGUGUGCUAUUUUCAGUAUUUGCAAACAUCACCUGUAAUGCAUAAAUUCACCUAGUCUUCAAACAGCAUUUUACCAAGAUCCUGAUGUUCAGGGAAGGGCUAGCACAUUUUGGCCUCUAGAGGCAUUUACAUGGCAUGUUUUUGCCGGAAAAGCUCACAGAUCUAAUGUGGAUGGUCCUACAUACUCAGAAUAUGGAAUAUAUGGAUUUGGCAUAUGGAACUUGCUGUAGUUACUAUUCUUGCACAGUAUGAGGGAGCAUUCUCAGAGAUCUUAGGUGCCUAAGAGAUGCAAUUCUGUUUCCUAGUGUCUUGAGCACUCUGAUAUCUUAUCAUGCAUCUACCUGCAAACAUAUCCAAGGACACCAUGCAUAGUCAUCAUAUUCUGGUGGCCUGGUCUCCUCAGGUACUGCGGUCUUCUGGGAAUGAUCUCAGCUCCGGCAUGCCAGCUCAGACCAGAGCAAUGAGAUUGCUAACCAGCCAAAGAACAAACCCACACAGUGCUGAGCUAGCAAAGGCCUUGAUGCCUCCCUGCUUCAGUACUCUGUCAACCAACAUUCCAAUGCAGUCUGAUGGUUUUAAUCAACAGAAGAAUAGUACUGUAAUCCAGAGACUCACAGACCCUGUGCCAGUGGCCAAUCCUUGCCAGCACUCCCCUGCUAAAGUCUCUUAAUUCAAAACGUUAUCAUGUGCACACGAUACAGUAUUAAAUAUUGUUGUAUGCACACGGAUCAAGCCCUAUUAAAUAGUUCUUGUUUGUGAAACACUGUUAUUACUUAACUGCCAGCUGUCUCAAAUUUCAAAAAAAUAUUUUUAUUAUUUAUAAUCCCGUGUCAUCGGAAGACAUCCUUUAUGGUUUGAAUUAAGGCAUUGAUUCAAGUCAUUAAAUAAGUCAAAAUCAAGGCAUUGGCUUGAUUAAUGAACUGAUUUCCCUCAAAUGAUACAUACUGCAUGGAAACUCUUUUCCUGUGAUCACCAUCAGCAUGAAUAAGAGAUAUGUACCCCGAAAAACAUGGUGAAUGUAGAAACCCUACAUCUCUCAUUAAAUAGUUAAUAGACUGUGUUGGUGUAAAAGAGUGUGAAUUUGGAGGAGCUGGGUUCAUCUCCUGGCAUUGUAAAAAUUAGGACAUGGUUCAGCAACCACGGAUUAACUCUGAUUGUCGGAAAGGCCAGCCUUGGAGUGUGCUAAAGGCACAAAACAAAUUUUAUUCGUGUUUUUCUUCAAUGCUGUUUGCUAUGACAGCUAGGGGUUUAUUUACUAAACAGUAAAUGGUUGUUAAUCAAAACCUUAUUUCAGAAUUCAUUCCCAAACUGCGACUGAAGGAAAGUUGGAUAAUGUUUGCUUUUUUGGGGACCUAAAUUUUUUAAAUCAGUUUUCAAUUUACAGUUCACUGUUUAGUGAAUAAAUCUCUUUCUGACCCGUUGGUAAAAAAACAGCUGACGAAAAACUCACCUUAAAAUCUAUUAGGAAACCAGUUAGUCACCAUUGCUUUACGCGUAUUUGCACACAUCAUUAUGUACAUUAGCACUUCAUCAGUCGAAAACAAUACAAUUAACAUUGGCAUCUCAUCAUCUUAUAUUAUCAGUGUUCUCAAUGUCAUGUUUUCAUCUUGCAGGAAACAACAAUUGAGGAGUUGAAACAACAGUUUAUAAAUCAUCAGGACGCAUGUGGUUUUGUGGUGGAUGGUUUUCCAAGGGACAUAGGACAAGCAUUUACGUUUGAAGAACAGGUAUGGCCUAAGCACUGUCAAAUUCACCAGAUAUACCAUUCUUAAAGGAAUGCUCCAUUCCCCUGCAUGAAAUUUUCGUUAGUCAGAUGGUUUCUCUGCUUCCUACAGCACAAUAUUUUAUGCAAAUUAGCUCUAAUUUUACACUGAAGAAAAUGAAUUCAGUUGCGUUCCAGGCAUUUUAUAGAGUGAUAUAAAUCAAAAGACAGCACGGCAUAAAUAUGAAAAAAUAACCCUUGAGUAAUUCAUUGGUGAUUUUUGCCUCUCUGCAGAUUGGUAUUCCGGACCUUGUGAUUUUCCUGGCCUGCUCGAGCCAGCGUUUACGGCAAAGGUUAGAGAGACGAUCUGCUCAGCAAGGGCGGCCAGAUGAUAAUGCUCACGCCAUCGACAGGAGACUGGAGAACUUUAAACAAAAUUUACCCCUGAUUGUAAAAUAUUACCAGGACAAGGGGCUCAUCGCCAGGGUAAGAGACAUUAGAACGAACACUUACAUUUCAGACAUGCAUGAACACAAUUACCAAAAGGUUUAGCGACGGACCGAUGAGUUUACAGCCAAAUUUCACAAUUUAGGCCCAAAUUGCUGAAUUGGAAAUAUUUAUUAAACCUUCUACCUCUAAACUCAACUUUCUAUCAAAGUAACUUGAAUGUCUCCUUCUACUUUUACAUUGAGAAGUCAUAACUAUUAUUUGUAGUAGUGUUUAUAUAGCCCCAACAUAUUCCUCAGAACUCUAAAAUAAGAAAAAGGAGAGAGGAAUGCCCUGCUCAAAUAAGCUUACAAUCUAUGGUAGGUGGAUAUAUAUCAUUAGUUGUCUUGCCCACGGACAAUACAAAUGAAUGUACCUUCUGGUCAUAUACUUAAAUAGAGACAGCACAACAUUCUGCCAAAAUUUACUGUAUGUUACUACAGUGAAUGAACAUUCUCCCCCUAGAAUGAAAAGCACAAUAUUCUGCUCCUGUGAAUGAACAUUCUCUUCCUACAAUCACACUGAAAAAGCACAACAUUCACCUCCUAGAAUGACACUGUAAUAAAAACAACAUCCUACUAAGGUGAAUGGACAUUCUCCACCUAGAAUGACACUGAAAAAGCACAACAUUCUACUACACCAAGCAUGUCAAACUCAAAGUCUGGCACGGGCCACAUAAACAAGGUUUAAGUUUAUGUGGGCCGCAAAAAUAAAUUUAAAAAAACUUGAAUUUUCAUAGAAAUGUGGGUUUAUUUUAAAAAUUAGAGUAUAAAAAAAAACCAGCAUCCCCCUCUACUAAAUCCCAGUCACCCGCUCUACUAAACCACAGCACCCCCCCUCUACUAAAUCCCAGUCACCCUCCUCUACUAAACCACAGCACUCCCCUCUACCACCCUGUGCCAAAUCUGAUACUCCCGCUGAUACACACACAUAUUCACUGACAGACAGACACAAACAUACUCACUGACAGACACACACAUACUCACACACAGAUACACUGACAGACACACACACACACACAUACUCACUGACAGACACACACACACUCACUGAGACACACACAUACUUACUGACAGACACACACAUACUUACUGACACACACACACACUCAGAUAGACACACACACAAGUACUCACUGACAGACACACACACACUCACAGACACACAAACACUCACAGACAGACACACACUCAUUGAUAGACACACACACACACACACACUCACUGACAGACACACACACAUACUCACUGACAGACUCAUACUCACUGACAGACACACACAUACUCACUGACAGACAGACACACACACACUGACAGACAGACACACACAUACUCACUGAUAGACACACACAUACUCACUGACAGACACACACAAAUACUGACAGACACACACAUACAGACAAACACAUACUCACUGACAGACAGACACACAUACUCAUGGACAGACACACACACAUACUCACAGACACACACACAUACUCACUGACAGACAGACACACACAUACACACACUGAGAGACACACACACUCACUGACAGACAGACACACACAUACUCACUGAAAGACACACACAUACUUACUGACAGACACAUACUGACAGACACACACACAUACUCACUGACAGACCGACACACACAUACAGACACACACUCUGACAGACACACACACAGUCACAGACACACUCACUCACUGACAGACAGACAUAUACUCACUGACAGACAGGCACACAUACUCACUGACAGGCACACAUACUCACUGACAGACACACACACAUACUCACAGACACACACACAUACUCACCAACAGACAGACACACACAUACACACACUGACAGACACACACACUCACUGACAGACACAUGCUCACUGACAGACACACACACACACACUCACUGACAGACACACACAUACUCACUGACUGAUGCACACAUACUGACAGACUCACACAAAGACAUACUCACAGACAGACAGACACACAUACUCGCUGACAGACACGCACACAUACUCACUGACAGACACACAUACUCACUGACAGACAGACACAUAUAUACAGACACACACUCUGACAGACACACACUCACGGAAUAUGACACUGAAAAAGCACAACAUUCUAUUACAGUGAAUGAACAUUCUCCUCCUAGAAUCACACUGAAAAAUAGUGAACAGGUAAGAAAGGUUGUUCAAACCUAAAUAAUAGGAAUGUGAGAAUUGACCAAAAAGCCGCACAUGAAGCAUAUUUAUAAGACAAUAUGAAUGAAAAAGAAAAACUGCAACUCGUUCAAACUCAAAGACAGAGGAGAAACAUGAAAGAAGAGAGGGACAGGACACGAUUAAGAAUAGACAGAAAGUGCAGGAGUGAGAACUGAGGAAAGGGUUAAUGAGCAUGCAGAGGGUGGGAUGAGAAGACACCCCCACCCCUAGGAAGACCUCCAUAUCCUCUCCCCCUCCAUUCCUCAACAAGACCUCCACCUCCUGGUCCAUCCAGAAUAGGGGAGUCCAAGAACGUCAUAAUAAGAGGAGGUCCACAUUUGGAGUUUCCCUCCUGGAUGGCAGUGAUUAGAUUGAGGGCUCUCUGGGUGGGUUAACCCUAUACACUCAGAAUAGAUUAAUUCACACUGAGAAUGUAAUUUUACUUUAUCAAUGCGGCUAUAGAGGGGGCAGCUUUGAGUAUCAAGGCAGCCCCAAUCUUUGUCAAACCACCCCUAGUAGCACCAUAACCACUACAGUGUACUUUCAUUACAGUUCCCUUUUAAUGCCAGGAUAUAUCGUAUACAGUAGUUUAAACAGUUGUAUGUUUUGAGAAGUGUACCCAGCUCUACCCAGCAGGUCAGUCUUCUUUCAUACAGUCAUGCCUGUGGCGGGAGGGAAGGGGGGAGCAAGUUCUGGACAAGUUUUAACGCUACCAGCUGAAGAUACAUCUGACAGGGUUAAUCAGAGAUUACAGUCUUAUAUUACAGAACACAUACUAUUAUAUUAGAUUUUCUUUCAAUUUGAACUAAGGCCUGGGGUAUAGAUAUAAUUAUUACCCAAUUUAAUGGGUCUUGUAUUGUUGGUAGUUCAGCAUUGGCUUUCUAAUGAAUGUCCUCUUUAUGGCUUACUGUGCACAGACACCCAAAAGCAAUAUCAGACGUGGGAAGCGGAACGUGCAUGUCAUAAAAAAAUAAUAAUUAUUGCUUAUAUAUUUUUUCCCCAAAGAAUAAUAUGUUGCACAGGCAAGUCAUUGUUCAAACCUAAUGAUGGCGUUAAAUGCUAAGUCAUGAUUCAUUCUGCAGCUGUACUACUUAAUAUAUAAUAAUUUUUUAUUCCCUCCCAUCAAGCUAUUUAUAUCAGGUCAUUAUAGUUGUUAUUUUUUUUAGGUGGUACAAACAGUUUCAAGGCUCUUCCAUUUUAAAGUUUAGAUUUGGCUGACUCAGGGACGUCAUAAGAAAAAAAAAAAGCGUGCAUAGAAUCGACUGCAGAUUUUUAGGGGUUACAACAAGAUUUUUGGUGUAUGGGAGAUGGAGAUUUUACAUUACAGAGGUAAAUCAUGUCACCUGUGCACCAAUCACUUUCCACCCAUCUCCUGAUAUCGCCUCGUAAUGUUAAAUAUAUGGUGCUACUUCUGUGUAUAAAUGAGAAUUUAGUAGAUCCAUUUUCCUGGAAACAUUUGUCUGAGCUAAAGGGAAAGGAAGACAAAAUAUCCAGGCCAUUGUCAGUGUAAUGGGUGCAUGUAAGCAAACGUCUGUAUAUGAGUGAGUAUAUGUAUAUCAUGUAAUUGGAAAUUCACACCGGUAAGCAACCAGGGCCAUGUUGGCAUGGGGUCUGGCAAUGGUUCACAACACAGGGGUUGUAGAUUGGAGCAUGACAAACCAUUUCUGUGAAUUAAAACACCUAAAUAUGUGAUGGGAAGUCUGAGGGUACAUUAUUAAUGGAGUGUAGAAGCAGGCAGUAGUAGUUUAGAGGCUUUGUCAGCCCAGAACUGUGUGGCUAUGUGUGUGCGAUACAAGUCUGUGAUUUCAGUAUUCUCCAGAACUGGACUGAUCCACUGGGACAUUUCCAGUGGACUGCAGUAUCUGGUACUAAUAAGGCUGCCAGACUAUAAUUCUGUAUGAUGUGCCUGGAGAGGUGUACAAGUGACCGUAGGUUGAGAUGGGAUAGUGCUCAUGACAUUCAUUGAAGCUGUCAUUAAUGGCAAUGAAGUCAUAGGAAAUGGAGUCUGUGUCUCUCAGUCACGCACAGAUCGCUGUGAAUGUCCCAUCGAGACAUGACACAUGGACUUUGAAGAGAGAUAUUUCAUGUCACGCAUUAAAACUCCGGCAACCUCCGUCUGUCAUAUCCAAUACUCUUUGUGAGUUAGACCAGUCACACUGAUAUCUGACUUUCAUUUUAAAAAAAGAUCAUUAGUUUGUGCUUGUGUGUCAGGCCAACACUCGCCUGGAUGUAGGGAAUUAUAAAAUGUUGGAGAGCAAUGAUUCCUCCCUCUAUUGUGAUUGGGGAAGGAUGUAAUGGAGUGGAUACUACUGUAGUGACAGUGAUGUGGGAUAAAAAAGAUGGUGACACAUGAACUGCGAUAGUGUUAUGGCCCUUUACACCCUACAAUUGGGAGGGCAAAAGAGAAAGACAGGGAACACAGGAUUUAAAUAGAGAGACUGCUUUUUGAAGUAAGAUUCAAACGACUCUUGCAUCUAAACCAAAUAAAUUCUGAUUUAAAAAAGCAAAGCUAAAAGCCAUGCGCCCUCCCCAGGCUAGGCCAAACAUAUUUAAUGGAAAGCAUGUCAUUGGGAAAGAAUACUUUAGAAUCUUGCUUUUGGUGAUAGCUAGUGAGUUUAUACCCUUUAACAUCAAUAGUUACUCAACUCAACUCGGAAAUAUGGGAUUAAACGCUAGCAAACCUGUGAAGAAGAGAAAAGUGUUAUAGUGUAGCAGAGGAUAGUGACAAAAGCAAGCUGGUUUGCAUAAGGUGCCCUGUCUGUGCCUUUCAGACAGUAGCUGAGAUAUAUAGUUUUAUUUGUUUACUAUUAGAGGCCUAUCAGUUAUAGACUCAGGUUUUACCUUUUCCCAUAAACUCCCGCAGAUAUGUUGGAAAAGUAGUAUAUCCCUAAUGAGCACUUUCACUCAUUGCAUAUGAUGAGAGGAACUGAUCAAUUAGCAAAUAUCCAUUAACAAUCAUCCCAAUUCAUUAUUUUGUGUUUAUGCUGUGGCGGGACUAAUUUAGAGCGGGUCCUGUUGCUAGAAAUGUUAUCCUACUAGCGAAAGGGUGGGCAAAGGGUAGAUACCUAUCUGUCGUACAACUCCUACAGUGCAAUGCCAGCAGAAUAUCUACCAUUUGUCCAUCUUUGCAGGGUUUUAUUUGUAAGCAAUGUUUGUGUGUUUGAAUGUAAGCAUGUUUUGUACAGAGUACAUGUGUGCAUGUAUAGGUGUAAUUGUAUAUACUGUUGCCAUCGGAAUGCGGUGGCGUGUUUGUGUCUAAUGUUUGUGUUUCAAUGCAGGGGUGUGUUUGUAUGUAGUGUUUGCUUUUAAAUGAAGGUGUACAUUUGUGUUUAAUGUUGGUAUGUGAAUGAAGGGGUGUUUGUAUAUAAUUUAGGUGUUUUAAUAUAGGGGUGUGUUUUCAAUGUUUGCGUUGUAGGGGUGUGUUUGCAUGUUGUGUUGGUGUUGGAUUUCUGAGAUGUAUGCAUAUACACACAUACAUGGCAACAUACAUACAUACUAACACCAAUAAACAUACACAUUUACACACACACACACUUACAGAUACACACACAUAUAAACACAAACACACAGACACACACACAGAUACACACUGACAUACACAUAGAUACACAUACCCUGACACAGAUACACACACUGACACACACAAACACCAUGACACAUAACUGGCACACACAUAUACUCACUGGCCCAAAUACAUACACACAUGUGUGUCAGAAUGUUUAUGGCUUACCUGAAUUGGCUUUCUAAUGAAUGUCCUCUUUAUGGCUUACUGUGCACAGACACCCAAAAACAAUAUCAGACGUGGGAAGCUGAACGUGCAUGUCAUAAAAAAUAAUAAUAAUUAUUGCUUAUAUAUUUUUUUCCCAAAGAAUAAUAUGUUGCACAGGCAAGUCAUUGUUUGCAUUGACUCCUAUAGGAUACAGGAAAGACAAGGAACUCAGUUUUAGAAAGAUUGAGUUUCAGAAAGCAGGAGGACAUCCAGUCAGAGAUGGAAGAAAGGCGAGCAGUGACACGUUGCAGGACGGCAGGGGAGAUGUCCGGGGAGGAGAGAUAUAUCUAGGUGUCAUCAGCGUACAGGUAGUAGUGGAAUCCAAGAGAGGCUGUAUUUAGAGAAAAUAGACCAAGGACAGAGCCUUGGGGGACACCAACCGAGACAGGACAAGGUGAGAAGGUAUCAUUAGAAAAGGAGACACUAAAUGAGCGUUGGGAGAGAUAAGAUGAAAACCACAAGAGGACAGAGUCACAGAGACAAGUGAUAGGCUCUUAGAGGUUUGUGGCACAAGACCGGGCCCUUUUCAGAAAUACCAAUCGGGUGACCCUAGCUGCAUGGGUCAACAGAUGGGCCAUUUCUGGGUGCGGGCCCCGGUGCAUCUGCACCAGUUGCACCAGCGGUUGUUCCGCCACUGUUUAUGCAUCAAUUCGGUGGAGGAGAGACAAUAUAUGAGAUGUUUGAGAGCCAAGAAAGAGAGCUAAUUGCAAAUUGCUGCAGUUAUGGCUCAUGGUCCAGCAAAUUGAGAUGUGUGAGGGCCAAGGGGGAAUUCUAAUUGCAAAUUGGUGAUCCAAUGGGUUUAGUUUCCAGUCCAGCACAUUGAACCGCAAGUGAAUGCCAAUAGUGAUCUGCUCCUGUCCAAGGUGCUGCCCACAAUGAGAAUGCAUGAUUUUCCUUAUGGUAAUACCGGCUGCAAAGCUAUAUGCUGCCAGAAAUGUUAAUAAGCAUUAAAGGCCACAGGCAGAUGAGUUUCAUAACAGAUAAAUGUAAAGUCAUGCACUUUGGAAUAAGGAACCCACAAUCAAUUUAUACUUUAAGAGAUAACAUGAAAAGAAAAGGAUUAGGGAACAAUUAUAGAUAAUAAAUUAGGCAACAGUGUACAAUGCUGGUCUGCCUUUGGAAAGGCUAAUAAGAUGCUAUUAUUUGUAGAAAGGGUUAUGGAUGCACAUGAUCAAAAUACAAGUUUUCCUCUUUAUAAAUCAAUGGUAAAACUCCACAUUUUGAGCUUCCAUUUUAAAGACAGAACUAGAAAAAGUGAGGUGAGCUACAAAAUUAACAUGGGGAAUGGAUAACAUUAGUUGUGAACAAAAGCUAGAAAAACUGCAUUUGUUUUCUAAAAAAAAAAAAGGAGGCGCCUCACUUGGGAUAUUAUAGCACUGUAUAAAUGUAUACAGGGUCAGUACAAAAUUCUAUAUGUAACCUGUUAAUUAGCAGAAAUAAACAAUAGACAAGAGGUCAUCAAUUGAGACUGGUAGAAUGGCAUUUUUACAGUAGAGGAAAUGGUCCUUUACAGUAAGAACAAUUAAGAUGUGGAAUUCUCUACAUAAAGAGGUUGGCCUGGAUGUUUUUAUGUAAAAACAGAAUAUUCAGGGAUAUAAUUAAUAUGUAUGUGGGUUGUUGAUCCAAAGAGAAGUCUGAUUGCCAUGAUAAAGUCAAGAAUGAAUUUAGCCACAAUUAUGUGGCAUUAUUGGUCAUGAAUUUGAAUGACUUUAGUUUUUAUUCAACCUAGAUUACUAUGUCUCAAAGCCUCAACAUGCCGCUUUGUAUAGCUUAUAUGUUUACAAUGCAUUACGCAUCAGAUAAACUGAAUAGCUAGCAGUUCUGAUUUUAUUUAACAGUUAUAUUUUCUUUUUGGUUUAAUAAGUAAUCUUCAGAGCAACCACCCCCAAUAAGAAUAGCAAGAAAAGAGUAGGAAGUACAGUGACCAUAGUGUAUUCAAAUACAGCAAGUAUUUUAUUUAUUGUCAUGGAACAGAUGACUGGCUGCUAGUGGGUGUUAAAAUGCACAUAAAGUCAAAUUACUCUAAACAAAACUCAAAUUUGUCAAGGCUUUUAAGAAAAGCAAAACAGCUGUUUUUUGUUCUGUGAAAUGUCCAUUAAUACUUUAAUAGAAACAGGGCUGGAUUUACCCUCCUUGCUGCCUCAAGGCCAGUUUCCUCAAUGCACUUCCCACCCCCUGAUAUAAAUAUAUAUAUGUAAAUGCAAAGGUUUGGGGUAUUCGAAAGGAUGCAUUAAUGUGACUAGUUAGGGGUAUGAUUGAAUGUAACUAGGUGGGUGGCUGGGAGAGGGUGUGUGUAUGUAUGUGCUGCUUGUGGUGUUGCGUGUAUGUGGGUGGCUGUUGCUUGUGUUGCAUUUGUGAUGCUUGUAGUGUUGCUUGUUUCUAGAGUUGCUGCUUGUGGGUUUGUGCAUGCAAAGGAAACGCUGCUCAUUGUGUUAUGUGUGUGGGGGUCUGUUUGCGUUGGAGUAUGUGUUUGUGAAUGUAAAUAGGGGCUGAAUGUGGAUAGGGGCUGUAGUGUGUAUGUUUAGGGUGAUGUGGAUCAUGUGUGUGUUAAUAAGGAUAGGACCUGUAGUGUGUUUGGGGAAUAGAGGCAGUAGGGUUUAUUUCGGGGAUAUAGAAGAAAAUUGUGGCUUUAGAGUGUAUGUAGGGAAAUUUGGGUGGUUGUAGUGUAUAUGUGCAGAUUAUAGGGGCUGGAGUGUGCGUUUGGGGGUGAUAAGGGCUAUUUGUGUGUUGAGGGGGAGAAAUUGGUUGAAGUGGGGAUAUAGGGGCUGUGAUGGGUAAUAUAGGGGUCAUAGUGUGGGGAUAGGGGCUAUAGUAGGGGGUACAAGCUAUAGUAGGGGUAUAGGAGCUGAAGUGGGGGGACAGAGACCUGUAGUAAGGUGGUGAAGGCUGUAUUGGGGGGAUAGGUCUGUAGUGUGAGAUAGGGUCUAUGGGGGAUAGUGGCUGUAGUGGAGGGAUAGGGACUAAAGUGAGUUGGUUGGUGGCUGAGUUUGCGAUAGGGGCAAUAAUGGAGUGUAUGGGUGAUAAUAUGGGGUUAUUAGCUGUAGUGAGGUAGAUAUUGACUUUAUUUAAAAAAAAAUUUAAUAAACAAAACAAACAAAAAACUGAUGUUUAUUCCUUCCCUCCUGUGGUUUACCUUGGAUUCUAAUCCCUGGUGAUCCGGUGGAAGAUGUUGCUGUCUGCCUCCACUCCGGCCAAGAAGAUUUCCCCUGUCGUUUUGGCCCUUUGGCAGGAGAAUGGGCUGGCUCCUUGAUCUCCUCACCGGCUGUGCGGCCCCUCUCCUACCUGUGUCCUCGGUGGACUUAAUCCAGCCAUGAACAGAAAUAGUGCCCUGAGUCAGAUUAUUUUAAUUCACAUGAUAUUUAGGAACAAGCCUUUCUGAUACACUAAACCAAUUCAGUAAAAUACAGCCCUCCAAGGUCAAUAAGGGGAACUGUGUCCCAGGUCUUUUACAUGGACAUUUCAUAUUCUCAAGCUAUACUAUUUUAUAUAAAGACAAAGCUAUGUAUUUAGAUGGGAAUUGUUAGAAAAUAUCUAGAGAUUUAAUAAUUCCAAGCUUCCAGAGUUAUUCACUAAGACAGGCUUUCAGAUCAUUCUGAUUUUGGCUUGACAAUCCUGAUUUUAGUGUCCUCUCCUGCCAUCACAGAUUUGUUCCCUGGUGUCCUCCUUUUUGGAACACCAGGGAAUUGUCCACAAAAGCAUAGUGUGAGUGCAUCACUAGAUGGGCUCACGCUACGCUAAGAGCACGUGGACCACGCAGAGAGCACUCAGGGAUCAUAAAUGAGAAAUCUAUCGUUCAGUUCAAAGCUUUGAGAUUUUGUGACCCCUCAAAUCUUCUUCUUUAUACUUUUCCCAACAGUUUGAUGCAGACAGAGAAGAGAAUUGUAUUUUUGAAGAUAUAUGCUGUGCCGUGCAAGGCCUUCUCUUCCCAGAGUGCAUGGGACUACAAGGUGAGCUAUGCUAACAGGUUACUUAGAUAUAUAGUAAUAUAGGUUAUAAAAAUGCUCAAAUAUAUUUAGUUCAGCCUUUCAGAUCUGUUUCUGUUGUUGAUUUAGGCAAAGAUGAAAACCACAAUUUGAAACUAUUUCUAUAUGUGCAGCUAAAGGAAAUAUGUUAAGAACCUCAGUGGUUAUGGUACUGAGUUCUUCUAUUCCUUUCCCAGUAGCUGAGCAUAAGUGAUUAUAGUUGCAGUUAGGGUGUAGAGGAACAGUGUAGAUGAAUGCAGCUUCCAAGAUGAAUCUCCCCAGCAAUUAAAAGGUUACCCAAGCAUGAGCCUAGACUUCAUGAAGGGUACAACAGGAAUAAUGUUUUAUUGAUGCCACACUGGCUUUUAUGGAAAUCCUUCUGCAAGAGGACCUCCCACAGUAAACAAAAGUGACAACCAAUCAUAGUACAGAUUUACAGUAAAACCUUCCCUUCCUCUGCCUGGGAGAUAAUAAGUUAAAGAAUAACCCAAUUAUCUUCAGGCAAAGGGCACACAAUUUCCCCAAAACUUAGAACACCCCUCGAUACACAUGGUAUCCCCACAAAUGUCAUGUUCCUGGAUAGCCCCAAUCUGGGAGACCAACAUAUUCAGAUUUCACCCAGAUCGGUUCAGGGGUUCUCAAAAAGUAAGGAAGUCUAGUUCACCAACCGCACACGAGGCUCCUGCCCAAAAUAGUUCCAAGAGUUCAGUGUGUGCGGUCGGUCAAUUUAGAAAAAGCCAAAUAAACGAAUAAACCCACGAACUGAGCCUCCUGGCUCCUAGGAGCGAUUGAUCCCCGUGUUCGUGGGAAACAAACUACCGAACGGCGCUCUCCUGGCUGUUCGGCAACAAAAGGAAGCAGGCGUUUGUAUGUUUUCAGCGGUGUUCGGGAAGUCGAUUGUCCGAUUUUAGUUCCAGACACUUGACGACCAAGUCCCACUGCCUCCUUUCAUGUAAACAAGAUGGCCGCCGUUUUCUCUUCCACGUGGCAUUCGACUAUACGACCGGCGGCCGCCUAGAGAGCGCUUAAUAGACAGUUCCCUUUGAAGAUAAUGAGCCAGGAGGGUGGUCGGUGUUCGAUAGUUUAAUCUACAGAACCAGUAAAUACAAAAUAACCAAAAUAAAGCAAAAAAAUCACGAAAUGAAGAAGAAAAUACCGAAAAUGAGUCUAUUUUCUUCACAAAAUAUAUUUUGCUGCAAUUUUAGAAAAUCUUUAUUAAAUCAUAGUUUUCAUAAAUUAAACUCCUUAGAAAGCUACAGAAUCAGUGCCUUUGUCUGCCAAUCAAAACCUGUAAUUUUAUCAUUUUAAAGGACACUCUAGACCCCUAAAGCAUGUUAGCUUGCUGAAAAGCUUUAUGUGUGAAGAGUAUGAACUUGUUUUUUCAUUUUGAAAAAAGUGCAGAUUUCAAUAGAAAUUGACACUUUUAUAAAUGAUACUGGUUACACCCCUUGGCUUUUCAAGCAGACAAUAACUCCUGUUACUUCCUGGUUUGAUUUGCUUAUUUGCACUGAACUCAAGAAGCAGCAAUUACACAGAGCACCUGCCUUGCAAAGACUUCUUAUUGAGCUGCAUUGGGACUUUAUGUGAUUGGACAGUCACAUAAAGUCUAGGUGGGGUUAAAAGGGGAGGGCUUGCAAAGACAGCGGACAAGAGAUCUGCUGUUUUUGCAAGCUGUUUUGAAGAUAUAGCUCCAAUCAAAAAAAUGCAUAAUUAAAUGCAUGCACUUAAUUUUUAUUUAUUUUGUAUUUGGGUAGUGCAGUGUCUCUUUAAGCUGAUUAAUUAUCAGCAUGUCAAUUAGUAGGAAUGGAAACAAAUGUUAGAAUUAUCUAUUGAUGAAGGGUGACCAAGAAAACAUGGUUGACCGUCAAGGUUAGUUAAACUUUUUUCUUUUUUACCAAUGUAAUGAAAAAGUGGAUAGAUCUUUAUGGUGAUAACUAUAUAGAUAAUUAAAAAAAAAAGAAAAAAAGAAAAGAAAAGUGCUAGCCAAUUGACUUGCUGAAUGAAGGGGGUUUUUCAAUUAAGUGAGAAUUCAAAUUUAAUUUCAAAUUUAAAGUGAAACUGUCAUGGUUAAAACAACUGUAGCUCUUUUAAAUGAGCUUGAAAUUCCAUCUACAUGUUGUGCUAGAAGUUUUGCUAGUAAAUGUACAGGUUUGGAGAAAUACCUGGAAAAAAUAUCUCCAUCUGCUAUACUUUAGGUUCCGCUACUCUGGCUUUCAAUGUGAAAUUCACCUUGAAUUCACACUUUAAGCCUGAAAUACCUACGUUUCGAAUAUUGCCAAGUUGGAGGAUUUAAAAAAAAUAAAAAUCACUUUUUGCAUAAAUUUAGCAAUUUCAUAUUCAAUUCUUUACAAUUCAGGGUGUAGUGAAUUGACCCUCACAUUAUGUGUGCUCUAUAUAUAGCCGAACUGAACACAUAGCUGAUUUAGAGAAUUUGUCCAGUUCGGCUACUCUGCCUUUAAAUUUAAAAUUUACUUUGAAUUCACUUUCUUUUCUCACGUUAGUGAAUAACCCUGAUAAUGUUAUGAACUAAAAUGUUUGAUGAUGAAGAAGCUGUAACCACCAGAGAUUACGCGGAAAAUCCAUUUACACUGUCAUCUAUGGGGACUAGAAAUGAAUGUCCUUUCCUUAGGACAUAAUGCUUUAUUUAUUGACCUUUCUCCCCCCCACCCCUUCCCUCCCUCUGCCAUUCCCUCUGUGCUCCAGAUUUCUCUCAGCAGGCUUUCCGUCUGUCUUCUUCUAGCAAGGACCACAGGAAGGACAAAAAAGCUACAAAUGUGACAGAACAGGUAACUGCCAUUUCUCUCACAUCCCGCUAGGGGGCGUCAGGCAGCAGCAUAAAUACUUACAUGUCAAUAUCUGUUAUUUUGUACAUAAAAAUGUGUGUGGUAUAAAGAAUACAACAUAACACUCUUUGACAUUAUUUAAUAACACACAGCAUGACUCUCUAUAUUUGUAUAUCUAUCAGAUCUUAGCAGUAGAUAUAUUUCCCUAGCAUACGUGCUCAGAAUACAGGGUAAUAGCAGCUGUAAGCCUGUGAAUUGUAACUGCAAAUAACCUUAGCGAGAGACAUUCGUGUGUCUUAAGAGAGACCCAUUCAGCUCUCUCACUGAGACGGUCUAUUUGAUCUCUACUUUAAAAUAAAUAAAUUAAUUGAAAAAGAAAAUGAUGAAUUGACUAAACAUUUCUUCAAAUCAUGGCAACCUUCUAUUAAUUUGCUAGAAAUGUCUGUUAAACGUAAAAUUCUAAAUACCUUCCAGUGAACGGAAUGGUAGCUGUUUAAUAAACCUCUGAUUGUUUUCUAAGUUUGUGUGUAGGUCUGGAGCUCACUGAUCCUUAUUCCCGGGUCCUUGAUAUUUAUUCCACUGCCUUAUUGUCUUUGGUUUCUCUCCUGUACCAGUCGUCUUGUCUCCCCUACUGACGUAAUGAUCGACAUAUUUUGUUUUAGAUUGUAGUUAGUUUUUUUUAUAUUUUAUAGUGACACCUAUUGGAUCCUUUACUCAUAACUUGCCUUUAUAAGUGCUUGUAUGUGUGUAAAGUGACAAUCACAACCUAAAAAAUAGCUAAAUAGUGUUACAAAACAUCUACAAACAAAAUAUAAUAUAAUAUAUUUUUAUCUUUAGUAGAAUUACCCCCAUAUGCUUUAUACUUUAUUAGUGCUUGUAUGAUAUAUACUCUGAUGUAUUCGUGUAGUAUGACAUGAUCUUUGAUUUUAUUAUGUCAUGUCUCUUGUGCUGAACUGUAUUGUUCUCAUUUUUCUGUCGUACGUAGUGCAUCGCUGUUGACUGAAAAAAAAAAAUCUAAUAAAAUGUUUAAAACAUAAAAGUGUAUACAAAAAUAUUAAGUCAUUUUGUAAACCUCAUCCAACAAUAUUAAGUUGAGGCCAUAGUUAGAAACCCCAAAUAAAUAUAAAAUAAUUGAAUCACAAUGCCCUGAGCUUAGUUAGUUAACGAAGUCUAUAUCAAUGACUUUUCCCUACAUCAUCCCUCGUCUGUAUUAUUGUUUUCAAUUUAAAUCAGUCACCUGUAGCUUUUCUACAUAACAUUUGCUAGAUCCCAGCUCGUUCAUUUUGUAGCGGUCUGUGUAUAAUGUACUGUUUUGUCCCCGCACCGCACCCCAAAUUGUACUGCGCUACAGAAUAUGUUGGAGUGUUAUAAAGACCAGUAAUAAUCACAUUUUAUAUGAAUUACACAAGAUUUUUCGGUGUAGUUAGCCCAACUGUCUGUUGUUGUUUUGGUUUAAAGUUAAACAUGGACCUUCUGUGUUAAAAGUGUGGAGAGUUCCCAGGUAUAACUGAAGGAAAGAAUUAACAUGUUUUUGAUGCUGGUAACAUUUCAGAUUUUCCUAAAAGCAAGGAUUUCGAUACUCUGAAUCUGCUACAUUUGGAUAAGAAACAGAGUUGCUAAUGGUGCUGAUAAGUCUUAUUUGAUGGGGGGUUUUCUGAACAAUGGAUUUAUCUGUUCUAUCCAACAAAGCUGCAAGCUACCUUCUGAUGGCUGGUUGCAAAUUUAUUUUUGUAAUAAUUAUAAUUUAAAUCUAGAGCUUCAAUCAGAUUAUUUCUGCUUGGAAAAGCUGUCACACGCACAGAAUGUAGAAAUAUGACUAUAUGACAUUUCUGCAAUAAAAUAUGUUCUAAACAGAUGCUCGGUAAGAACAGAGGAUGUCUUCAGCCAGGACAGGGGGUUCUGCCAUACUACGCCCUGGCACAUGGAAACUGUAAUCAGUCCUGCCUGGUACAUAUGUAAUUGAGAACAAGUUAAAGGGACACUCUAGGACUAGGUGCAUUGCAGUGGUUAUAGUGCCUGGAGAUUCCUGGCGCUAUCCUUCCAUUCAGCGUAAAGUGUUUUUGAAUGCUCUAAUACUAAACAAGAGUCCCCAGCAUAAUUAUCUCUGUGCUGUAUUAGGUAAUGAGGAAGCAUUGGCCAGCAAUGAGCAUGUUUAUUGGUUGCGAAUCUCAGUUGCCAGCUUUCAGCCUAUCAAAGCUUACCAUUGCUGGUAUGAAUUGAUAUGGCUUGGAAAGUGUGUAAUCUCUGCUUUAGCAAUACCUCCAGUGGGGACCAGGCUUUGAGUGCCCAGGGAUCAUCAUCACAUAUUUAAACUGUUUAAAAAUUGUUUAACAAUAUAGCAAAUUCUAUAGUUUUGCACUAUAACAAAUUAAAUGAGAUGAAAUGGUUAUAGUGCAUUGAAUGUUCCCUUUAAACGGUUCUCAAGCACCAGUGCCACUUUGUUUUUUUGUAAAUGCAGUGUUUCAGUAGGAAACGCUGCAUUUACUUAAAUAUUUUAUAUUAUUAUUCUUAUUAUUAAAGCAACAAUAAAUUUUGUAGCGGGCGCUGUACAAUGGGUGGACUAACAGACACGUAUUUGUAACAAGACAAGUUGGACGGACAGGAACAGAGGGUAUUGAAGGAUAUAGAUUUUAAAGUGUAUCUUGAAUGCAAAGUAUAAUCAUUAUAUUAAUCUUGAUAAAAUGUUCACAUUAGAGCUUCUCCAUAGAAAAGCAUUAAAUCAAUUAAAUCAAUGAUUUAAUUAAGGUGACACAGGAUUGAUCUGUAUUUAAAUAAUAUAAUGCAGAUGACACAAAAUAAUGUUUAUUAAGGGGCAGUUCCUGACCUUAACAGGGAGCAGACGCCAUUUCACCUCACUUCCGUACUAUUCUCCCUUGCUUUUUGGGGAGCCUCAUUGAGCAUGUAAGAGCUGAUCGCCUGCCUUUACACUUAUGAACUCUGUCGCAACGACAUAUGCCGUUUUUACACACUCCUAAGUCGAAGCAGAAAAAAACGCAGAUCUAGGGCCUACUACCUACCUCUGGGCCUCGAUUUGGUGACCGCACUUGACAGCCUGAUUCCUGCUGGAACUCCUGAGUCAGGGUCCGCACGCUGCACGCCACGGCCGUUGCUCCAAUCCGACAUGGCAAAGAUGAACCAGCGUCCCCAACUUGAAUUGCCAUCAGGGUCGAGGGAUAUCGGAGACCUGCUCCAGCGACAGCCACAACCCAAAAUGGUGGCGCCAGAGGGCCAUGCGGCCUCAGUGGCCUAUAUGGAUUACUCAUUAACCGACUCACCAAAGCGGUACCCAAAACAGGAGCAUACACCACUGGAUACCCAUGGAAGGUCUAAACCUGCCACCAAACAGGACUUUCAUAACCUUGCGGCUGAAAUCAAGAAUCUCUUGGCUGCUGAUGUGGCGAUCAUUAAGGCUGAUAUGCAAGCCAUCGCCGACAGAACGAAGACCUCCGAGGAGGAUAUUGUGGGCCUCAAGCAGGGACCAAACGUAAUACAGGACUCUGUGCACCAACUACAGGCAUCUCAACUGGCUUUAUCAAUUAACUAUACGACAGGUCAUGCCGUAAUCACCUCAAGAUCAGGGGCACACCCGAUGCAGUUACACCCGAGGAGAUCAUACACUAUGUACGGCGCCAAGAAGUUCGCCCUCUGGGCAAAUAAUCAGCUCUCCUUCAUUCCUUGGGCCUACCAGUGCCUUCAUCAGACCUAGGUGGACUACCGAGCAGCUCGAUACGAAACCAAGCUACCACUGUCCCUCCUCUCCCUGCUCCUAACCCAAUCCCAACAUCAGGGACUUGAUUUACACAGGGAUCGUAAUACUACAGUGCGGUUCAAAGUUUCCUUUUUAAUUUGUGCUAUUAAUAUUACUGUGAUCUUUUGUUUUAUUCAGUCUUAACUGUCUCAAGCUGCAAACACUGCAUCUCCUCCUAAUAGGUAACGGGGCUUAGCCCUGUCUUAUGGGCGUCUAGUUUCACAUUCACCCCUUGCUGAAAAGCUUUAUGUGUUAAGAGUUUGUCCUCUUUUUUUCAUUUUACAAAAAGUGCAGAUUUCAAUAGAAAUAACACUUUUAUAAAUGAUAUUGGUCACACUCCCUGGCUUUCAAGCAGACAACAGGUCCUGUUACUUCCUGGUGAGGUUAGCUCAAUGGAGCUAUAUUCAGAAAGCAGACAAUUGCCCAGAGCACCUACCUUGCAAAGACUAUUACUAUAAUCUACUAAACUUUGAUUUCUUUUAUUAUUAUUAUUAUUAUUAUUAUUAUUUGGGCAGUGGAGUUUACGCUGCAUUAGAAAUACAAACCUGUAUUCCUAGUUGACAGCUCAGGUACACAACACAGAGUCUGCAUUUAUUAAAGAAUGGCAACCUUGGGAGGAAUAUAUAGAAUGAUAUUUAUCUGAUUAAAAAUCGAUCCCGUUCCCCCUGCAAAGACACCAAUUCCCUUUAUUGUGUGUCUUUUUUUUUCUUCUCUAUUUUAUUUUUAUUUUUUUGUUUGUUCUGUUGGGAUAAUGUAAAUUUUGGAGUCAGGAGAAUGAAUUAACCAAGAUGGUAUACAGUAAAUUGCACAUAUAUGUUUUUGCAUUGAAGUACCAGGAACAAAGUGUAAGCUAGACAUAUACUUGUUUAUUGCAUUGUAAUACAACUGUUGAAACAAUAUUACAGUAUUAUCUGCUAUUGAACAAUUGUACAUUUACGCAACGCAUUUGCAUUGUAAUCCUCUACUGAAAGCAUUUCUGUCUGCCUGUACUCUUAAAUGAAGAAUUAAAGAAAAAAAACUGUAUUCCUAACGAUAGAGUGCCCUAGUUCAAAUUUAUAUUGUAGGCCCCCAAAAAACUGCAAUAAAAAUAGUAAAAAAAGAAAGGUUUUACUUACCUUUUUUGGCACAGAGACUCACUAGGUGCUUCUGCCCACUCCGCCACCCGCGGAGGCAUCGUCGUCUUGCCAAUGAUCCAAUCCAAUGCUUCUCAUAGAGGAUCAUUGGGGGACGUGAAGUGCAUGUGCAGGGAGCACCGAGCGUGCAAUCAAUCAAAUACUUUGCCUAGGAAAGAAUGGAAUGGAAUGCUUUACAAUGAGCAAGAUUUCAGUCACAUGACCAAGUUUCAAUCGGUUGUUGCCUUGAAAAGGCUUCUAGUGCACUUAGUGGUCCUUUAAAAGAGGUGGAUCCAGUAAGCUAAACAGGGAAAGGAACACAUCUACCGUUAAAAAUAAUAUACCUUCCUUUGAUUAACAUCUCCAGCAUAGUUAUAAAACAACCCAGACAGUUUAGAUAAAAAGCUUUGUGAAUGUCUGAUGUUGAUAAAGCUUCUUCGCAUCUUGUUUUUAUCUUCUUCUCUUGUGUAAUUAUACCCCACAUCCUUUAAACAGUUCUCUCUCUAAUUGUUAAAUUGGUUCAGUGAGCUAUUCUUCAACUGUAAGUAAUUUCUCUGAAAGACCAGGCCCCAGGGAGAGUGCACAGCUUAGCGGACAGUGUCACAUGUAUGAGUGUGGGAUGGAUGAUGCAUGAUUGGCUAUGUGCUACGUGGGGGAGUUUGAGAUGUGAGGAAGUGGGUGGUGACAAAGUAGACUGACCUCUACUUAGGAGCCGGGCCAGCAACAAGUUUUCUUGAUCCUCCUCCUCUUGUUGUUUGGGCCUGUUGGAUUUUCGGCCUGUGGCAUGGACAUUUAAGCAAUCUUGUCUGCCCUCAGGGCUGGUGCAGCAGCAGACGGUGGCCGGCAGCUCCGUGAGCAGUUUGGGCACCAGCUCCAGCCACAGCUGCCUGGCGAUGCGGUCCCCCCUCCCAGCGUUGUGCCUCCUUCUAAUCUGCCCCCCACGGCACCCUCCCUGGGUGGCCGUUUCAGUGCGGGUCGGCACACCCACCCCCCGGCUCGUCUGAGCCCCAGUGGAUCUCCUCUGGCCCAGUACCGGAGCCGCAGCCCGGGCCCGAGGCGGCAACAGGUCUGUGCACUGGAGCCACGUGGUGCGUGGCCUGCUUCUUCAUCGGCCUUGCUGGUUCCCACCCCUGGUGGCCGGGCAGCGGCAUCGUGCACAGGCCGCAACCUGAUGGGACCUGGCGGCAGGAUGGUGGACCUGUGUCAGCAGCCUCCUGUCCAGAGGAGUGGGCUCACCGUCUCUCUACUGCUUCCUCAGGCUCUGAGUGCAGUUGGCGGAUCUGUCCACCAGAUGGCGUCUGGAGCUCCUGUGGCCAUGGAGAAUGCUGUUCAGGCCAUGGAAUCCACUUCCCAGGCUUCUGCUCUGGUGCCGCCAGCUGGUCUUGAGGCACCGUCAGGUGAGUCUCAUGUUCCUGCACUUGCUGGGGCGUCCACGCUGGGUGGGUUCAAGUCGGUUUUUGAGGGAUCUGCUUUCUCAGCGGGAGCAGGGGGCACUAGCACAGGAUGGUCAGUUGUGUUCGGUGUGGUCCCCGCCUUUGACCCAGGCUGGUCCGUCGGCGGGAUGGGGGCGAGUUCGGUUCCCGGUGCAGCGGUUUGGGUUGAUGUGGCGACGCCCCGGGAGGGGGGGGGGGGAUGACUUAGGGGUACUGGAUGGCACGGCGGGGACGAGGCGAAAGGGGCAGCAUAAAUGUGCUGGUCGGGUCCCUUGGGCUUACAUCUCAAGCCUGAAAUUAGGGAAAAGAUAUGGAAGGGGGAAUUCGUCAAGAUAUUUUCCCUUUUGCCCUUUGGCAACUGGGUUCGGGCGUUUUCCAUUUUGGCGAGCAUGAUUGGGGAGAAGGCUCCCCAACACUGCUCGGCACUUUUUUGCUAUCAGGACACCAUUUGGAACGCUUGAUCGGACCUAUGGUGGCCUGGGUUGGUGGUGCUAUGACGAACAAUUUCGUCAGCGGCUUGCAGUCAACCCCUUAAAUCAAAUGGACAUUGGCCUCUCUCUGUCCAUCAUGACUCGCCCGGCGGCACACCGAGGGGGAACGUCGUCCUCUCUUGGGGGGGCUGGUGGGGGGGGCAGCUACGCCCCAUCAGCCUCACAUCGGCGGCCUGGCUGUAGUUGGAAGUUCAACGACAGCCAAUGCAAGUGGGGUGCAAUAUUCCAUUUUAAACAAGAGUGCUCCCAUUGCGGGGGUGCCCACUCGGCAUCCCGCUGCUUUAAGCGGGGAAAAUCUGGGGACAAAGGCAACAUGGGGACUAAGGGCGAGGACGCCAGUAGUCGUGGAUGUGAUGCGCCCCUGGCUCGCCCAUUACAGGAGCCGCCGGGCUGCCGGGUUGCUGCCAGAGGGGUUUACCCAGGGGUUUUGGAUUCCCUUCUUGGAGCGCCCCUCCUCCGGGGCUGUUCGGAACUUGAAAUCUGUGUUUGAUUUUCCUGAAGUGGUCCUCAAAAAACACCGAAAGGAGGUUUCGUUAGGGCGGGUGGCAGGGCCGUUUGGGGUCCCUCCGUUAUCCAACUAGCGGUUGUCUCCCUUGGGCGUGGUGCCCAAGAAGGAGGUGGGAAAAUGAGUCACCAUUUAUCUCACUCUCAUGGGAGCUCGGUGAAUGAGGAUAUCUCUGCCAAGCUGUGUCGGGUGUCUUAUGCUUCCUUUGACGCAUCGGUGCGCAUGGUCAGGGCCGUGGGCCCUGGGGCGUUGCUGGCAAAGGCAGACGUGGAAUCGGCGUUUCGCUUGUUGCCAGUGCACCCUGAUUGCCAUCACCUCCUCGGUUGUUGUUUCGAGGGCCAGUACUACGUGGAUAUGUGCCUCCCGAUGGGGUGCUCCAUAUCCUGCUUUUACUUUGAGUGCUUCAGUACUUUCCUGGAAUGGGUGAUGCGGCAGGAGUCGGGGAUCGACUCGCUGCUGCAUUACCUUGACGACUUCCUGUGUGUGGGUCCUGCGCAUUCUCUGGCGUGUAGGAGCUUGCACGCAAUAAGACGGUGGGUCCGGUGACGUGCCUUAGCUUCAUGGGCAUCGAGACAGACUCAGUGGCCAUGGAGUGCCGGCUGCCUCUGGACCAGGUGGAUGGGUUGCGCCAGGACGUGGCGAUGGCCCGGGGCUUGCGGAAGAUCCAGCUUUGCCAGCUGCAAUCUCUGUUGGGGAAGUUGAACUGGAUCAUGCCCGUGGGACGGAUUUUCAGCAGGCGCCUAGCGGCCGUGACCUGUGGAGUGGCGAGGCCUCGGCACUACAUUCGGCUCACACGGUAGUUACGGGACGAUAUAGACGUCUGGGGUACGUUCUUGGCAGAGUAUAAUGGGAGGUCAUAUUGGCAAGCGCCAGAGGUGUCCGGUGCGGAUCUCCACCUCUAUACGGACGUGGCGGGUUCCGACGGCUUUGGGGCAAUACUGGGGGCGCGCUGGUGCGCUGACAUGUGGCCAGAGGACUGGUGCUCCUGGCGCAAUUGUGCAAUCCCGCAGCUGUGUUUUUCAGACUUCGAGGAGCGGCUUUUUCACCUGGCCUUUUCGUUUCUUUUAUCUGGCCUUCCUUGAACUUUUCACCAUAGUGGUGGCAUUGGAACUCUGGGGUCUGGACUUACGGGACCGGCGGGUUGUCUUUCACUGUGACAACCUGGGGGUUGUACAGGCUAUUAACCAGCUCUUGCCUCCUCCCCGCCGGUGGUUCGUUUGCUCCAGCGCUUAGUGCUACGGUGCCUGUUUCUUAACGUGUCAUGUAGGGAGCUACAUAUUCCUGGGGUUCACAACAUAAUGGCGGAUGCUCUCUCUCGUUCGCAGUGGUCGGAGUUCCGGGCAGUUGUACCCCACGUGGACGAGGAAGGGUGCCGGUGUCCGGUGGAACUAUGGUCCCUGGGCUCAGGAGGCUGAUAGACCUGGUUCGAUGGUCUGUAUCAAGUUCCACUUGGGCCAGUUACUCGAAGGCAUGGGCUGAAUGGCUCGAGUGGGAGACAAGACUGGGGGUUUUCCAGGAUAUGCCUGCCCGGUUGCAGGGUCUGUUACGGCUAUUGGAUACUUGGGUGUCAGCGGGCAUGUCGCCUUCGGCGGUGUCCUCGCGCCUGGCUGGGUGGAGUUUCUUUUUUAAGCUGCAGGGGUGGGGGGACGUGACCAAGGAGUUUAUGGUGAGGCAGGCGGUUAAGGGGCUGCGGAAGAGUUGGGUUGCGGUGGAUACCCGGAGGCCGGUGUCAGGGGCGCUCCUGGCGCAAUUGUGCCAGGUGCUCCCGCAGGUGUGGUUUUCGGACUUCGAGGUGCGGCUUUUUCGCCUGGCCCUUUCGUUUGCUUUCUUUGGGGCCAUGAGAAUUGGGGAGUUGGUGUGUCCAAGCAGUGCGACCGUUGGGGGAUCCUCUUUUCAGAUGUCAGGGAUGGGCUGGACUGGGUUUCCUUUAAUAUUCGCCGCUCCAAGACUGAUGUGUUUGGAAAAGGGCAAUGGGUUCAGCUGGCGGCGGCCCCGGGGUUGGCCACCUGCCCAGUCCUGUCCUUCCGGGAUUUUUGCGAGGUUCGCCCUGCUCUGGCUGGCCCUCUACUAGUGCACAAGGAUGGGAGCUUCCUCUCCCAUUUUCAGUUUGUCCGGGUGUUUCGGCUCGGGUUGGCUGCGUUGGGAGUGGAGGAUGCGGAGUUUGGUGGGCACUCCUUCCGGAUUGGCGCAGCAACGGAGACUUCUUGUCUGGGUAUGCCGGAUCAGGAGGUGCAGAGGAUAGGGAGGUGGGAAUCCAGGUUUGUUUCUUAUGUGUUUCUUAUGUGCGUCCUGCCAGUCUUCUGAGCUAAAUACUUUGUUUUCCUCCCCAGGUCUGGUCCCCUUCAAGGUCUGGGUGAUUGGCCACUCCUAUAUCCACUGGGCACGGCAGAGAGCGGCAGUCCGGCCCGGGGGGGAGCGUCUCGGUCUCACACCUGUAACUGUGGAGGUAUGGUGGUUUGGGGCCAGAGGCAUGAGGUGGGUCCAGCUCCUCCCUGACUUGGUCAGGCUCUCCCGCCUGCUUGGAGCUCCAUUGGUGUUGAUUAUCCAUCUGGGGGGUAAUGAUCUGGGGACCUUGCCUGUGGGGGGUGUGGUGGGCAUGGUUAGGAGGGACUUGUCCCAGAUCCUGAUCCUGUUCCCCAACGUAUCCCUAAUUUCGUCAGAGGUAGUGGCCAGGAAUUUUUGGUGGCAGACCCACAGCCAGAGUGCGCCGGAGCGCAGCCGCAAAAAAUGUAAUCGGCGGAUUGCAAAGUUUGUAGCAGGGGUUGGGGGAUCUCAAUACCUCACCAGGUUUUUGAGAAGAACAUGGUGAACUUGUUUCGUCCGGAUGGGGUGCACUUGACGGAGGUCGGGCUCGACCUAUUUAAUUUGGCACUUUAGGAAGCUUUGGAAAAGGCAUUGGGGGUUUUGGUGGGGGCCCCCACUGAUUUUAGGCUUAAAACAGCGGGGUUUGUGGCAAGGGCAUGUCCUUGCCAAAUAAGGGAUGGUUUGGUAGAUUAGAUGAAAAGGGGGAUAAUGGCCGGGUCUCAUCCUCCCCCUGUCUCUUAUGGUGAACCUGGAGGAGGUACCAGGUUGGACGUGUCCCCACUGGGUUGUAAGUCGACUGGUGGGGAGCAUUAUAGUUGGGCCCUUAAAACCGGCUGGUGGGGAGCCCUUAUGCCUAGGGGGGAGGUGAGAGCCUUUGGCAAGUUAGAUUGGCAUCGACGGUUUCUUUGGUUACUGUAUGACUCUAUGAAAAAUGUUAUGUUAAUUUAUGAUAUUUAUUAUUAUGUUAAAUGUUUAAGGAGUUAUACAGUAUUUGGUUAUGCUAAUAAAUGCUGUGGCCUGUUUUUCCCAAGAAGUUGUAUAUUUGAAGGGGGUAAGUGAUGGUUUUUAUAGGGGGGGGAUGAAGGGAAUGCUAUCCAAUGCCCACUAUGUCCAUACAUGUCUUAGACUGUAUUUCCUUUGUCUAAAGCAGUCUGCCAUUGCAUAGUGCCUUAAUUCACCUGCAGGUGUGCCUUGGACACAAUGACUUUAGGGCUGGUCAAUGCUGAAUGCAGUCAGUCCUAAUUGUCCACAAUGAGUGGACUAACAAAGACAUGUUUGUAACCAGACAAGUUGGACAUACAGGAACAGAGAGAUUGAGGGCCCUGCUCAAUGAGCUUACUUGCUAGAGGGAGUGGGGUAUAGCUACACAAAAGGUAAGGGAACGUAUAGAAAGAUAGGUUGCUAGGAUAGUAUUCACUGAGGGCAUAGUGUUAACAUAGUGAGAGCAUUAGAAUGCGUAUUCCUAUCUCGCAAUUAAUGAAAUAAGUCAAUUUAAUUAGAAGUAUACAUACAGCUCUAUUAAGGCUUCAAGUAAAUGUGAUAUUUAAAACCUGCUGAUGAGAGUAAAAUGAAAAAAAUAAACCUGGAACCCUUUCUACGUUGCUAACAGUAGUGACAGUCCCUUUGCUACUAUCAUCUGGCCGGGAACAAUUAGCUGCAAGGUUGAAAACUUACAUUUAUCUGAAGUUAAUUAAAAAAAUUACCAUUGAGUUGGGUAACAAUUCCUUUAAGUCUUCAGGAUGAAGUUAAAAACUAGUAAUAGCUAAUUGUAUCCUUCCUGUUUAAUACUUUAAUAAAAUUAGUAUAGAAAAAUCAGUGUUACUCUGCAGUAUAAAAACCGACCCAUGCUACUCUGCAGUAUAUAGAGCUCUGCAGUGUAUAGACAGAUUCAGAUUACUCUGCAGUUUAUAGAGAUAUACUGCUCUGCAAUAUAUAGACAGAUUCAGAUUACUCUGCAGUUUAUAGAGAUAUACUUCUCUGCUAUAUAUAGACAGAUUCAGAUUACUCUGCAGUACAUAGAGACAACUAGAAUAAGCUGCAAUGUGUGGACAGAUCAACACUGCUCUGCAGUAGAUAGAUAGAUUCAGGUUACUCUGCAGUGUAUAGGCAGAUUUAGGUUACUCUGCAGUGUAUAGACAGAUUCCUAUUGCUCUGCAGUAUAUAGACAGCUUCAGAUUGCUCUGCAGAGUAUAGACAGAUUCAGAUUACACUGCAGUGUAUAGACAGAAAGAUACUGCUCUGCGGUAUAUAGACAAAACCAGAGUAUUCUGCAGUAUAUAGACAGAAAGAUACUGCUCUGCAGUAUAUAGACAAAACCAGAGUAUUCUGCAGUAUAUAGACAGAAAGAUACUGCUCUGCAGUAUAUAGACAAAACCAGUGUAUUCUGGAGUAUGUUCACAAAUCUACACUGCUCUGCAGUAUAUAGUUAGAUGCAGAUUACUCUGCAGUGUAUACACAGUAGCCUGCUACUCUACAGUGGCAGUCAAGCAGUACAUAAACAUAUCCAAGUAUCUCUGCAGUACCAGAACAGAUUCAGGCUAUUCGGCAAUACACGGUUAGAUUCAGGCUAUUUGGCAAUACACAGACAGAUUCAGACUAUUCGGCAAUACACGGUUAGAUUCAGGCUAUUCGGCAAUACACGGACAGAUUCAGGCGAUUCGGCAAUACACGGAAAGAUUCAAGGUUAUUCAUCAAUACGCAGACAGAUUCAGGCUAUUAGCAGUACACGGACAGAUUCAGGCUAUUCGGCAAUGCACGGAUAGAUUCGGGCUAUUCGGCAGUACACAGACAGAUUCGGGCUAUUCGGCAUUACACGAACAGAUUCAGGCUAUUCGGCAAUGCACGGAUAGAUUCAGGCUAUUCGUCAGUACACAGACAGAUUCGGGCUAUUCGGCAGUACACGGACAGAUUCGGGCUAUUCAGCAAUGCACGGAUAGAUUCAGGCUAUUCGGCAGUACACAGACAGAUUCGGGCUAUUCGGCAGUACACGGACGGAUUCGGGCUAUUCGGCAUUACACGGACAGAUUCAGGCUAUUCGGCAAUACAUUGACAGAUUUAGGCUAUUUUGCAGCAUACAGACAGAUUCGGGCUAUUCGGCAUUACAGAUUCAUGCUCGUUUGCAAUAUGUACAGCCAGGCGUUCAUUCGCCAGCAUGCUACUCUGCACCGUACAGAUAUUCUAACCUGCAGUUCAUUUACAGAUCCAUGUAUUCCUGCAAUACAUAGACAGACAGAUUCAGACUAAAUAAUUAUGUUCCUAUGCAUUAUAUAGUGAGAUCCUUGUUACCCUGAAUUAUUAAGCAGACAGACCGAUUUUAGAGACACAAAUUGUAUACCUUGUUUACAUAGUUCUGCACUGGCAGGAUAAAGUUCACUGAGCGCUUAUGCUUAAUAUCCAGGAGAAAAAAAUCUAUAAAAAUGAUUAUAAUGCUAAAUAAAUGUGUAGUAAGGUUGGGUUACACAAUGUAACAACUGAUAAUUAUUAUCAGCAUGCGUAUACAUUGUACGCUCUUGUAUAUACAGUAAAUGGGUUAAGAUAUUGCUCAGCAGCUCGGCUCAUUCUCCUAUCUGAGGCUCAGUACUUAUUCUUUCUCUCCUCCUCUUUCCCCUCCCUCAUUCCUACGCUCACAUUAAUAUGCAGGUCACAUCUUGGAAGGCUUCUGUCCUUUACAGUCUGUGAUAUGUAGAGAAAUCCUUCUCCCAGCAUACACUGCUCCAUACAGCUAUAUAUAGAGGCAGAAAUACCCAGGGCAGCUGCCUGAAGAUACCAAGCCCUCUCCUCUCUCUGACCAUUGCUGUCUCCCCCUGCAUAAGCACUGACAGGUCAGUACAGAGACAGCAAUCCCAGGCAGCCAGUGGUUGCAUUUUAUUUUGCUGGAACCAAAUGAUGACUUGCUGUUUCAUGUUAUGUAUUAACCUGACCUUAGAUUCCUUUUUAAUGCAAUUAUUGAGCUACAACACACACUGGCUGCAAAUAGAAUUCGUAGUACAGUCCCGUUAAUAAGUGCAUGAGUUAAAAGUAGACGAUGUGUAUUCUGGAGAUCCACCACCUGUUGGUCUCAGUCAUGCUCUGCUUGGUAUAGGCAUUGAGUUUUUUGCACACAAGCAUUGACCGCGUGAAAUGGACCAUAAUUAAUCACGUUUAAUUCAGAAUAACGAUUCGCUAAUAGGGUUGGACAACAGACAUUUAGGAAGGGAAUGUAGAGAAAAGAAGAAUCCAUGAAGGUUAUGGGGGAAGUGGUUUCAUGUAAGAAGGAAAACAUAAAUUUUUCGUAUAGACAACUAAGAUUGGGGAUUCAAGGGCAACGUACGUUGAUUUCCUAGAAUUCGCCAAAAAAAUAAGUAAAUAAAUAAAAAGUUUUGAAAGUGCCAAAAGCACCAUAAAAAUUUAAUUUGGCACCGCAAAUGUUGACCUAAAUAGCUGAUUGCCUUUGGGGUCCUGUACUUAAUUCCUACCCCUUUGAGGCAAUUUGUUUUUUCUAUUUUAUAUCCUUGUGCAAAGGUUGGACUUAAUGGAAGAAUAUGUAAGUUUGUGGUUAUAUGGCGGUAAAGGAAGCAGAUGUAAUAAGGUUAGAUGGUUGCAAUUCAUGGAGACAACCGUCUCUUUUUUUUUUUUGUAUUUUCUAUUGUUUUCAUAUUAAUGUCUAAAGCAUUUUCCUUUUGGUGCGUAAGGACAGCCUAACAUAUAGUAAUAUCGUUUUUAACUUAAUAUGGAUAUGGUUUAGCAUUAGGAUAUUCAGUUGUAACCAAGCCACAAGUACUGGAAAAAGAAACAUACAUUCUGCAUUCAUUGAAACCCCUUUUUCAUGGGUGGUUAUGGCGGUACGGUCCUCUUCUCUACCAAUUUCUGGCACAUACUUUAUUACGUCAUACUAAUACACCCAUUAGUGUUUUGGAAAAUGCUGACAGGGACCUUUAUGCAAAGGGUUGUAGGGUUGUGCAGAGUUUUCUGGUUCUUUCCUAGACCACCAAUAUGGCAGUUGACAUUCCCAUCUUUGAAUGGACAUAGUGAUGGAGAAGGAGGUGUCACUUCUCAAAUAUUUAACUGCACAACAUCUGUUUUAUUUAUAAAAUAUUUAUGUUUAUUUGUUGUAUCAAUUUAAGACUAUUCAGACUAUCCCUUUAAAUCUCAUCUGACUACACUGCAGUAAAUUAAAGAAACCUUUGUCUUAAAAGUUUUUAAAGAGAGAUAAUGCGUUGAGUCUCACUUGGUUAUUUAAAUGCCCAACAAUUCACACUGCAGUGAACUCAGAGUGAACUUAAACUUUUAGAACAAAGCAGCCAAACUAAAAACAUAGGUGACAUUUUCCAACUUAGAUAUUUUAAAAUUUUAAAUUACUUUUGGAUUCCUUGCCAUUCACGCUUUACAAUGUUAAUCAGUGAACUCAGAAAUGUAAGGCUGGAGUGGCCAAGAUGAGCUUUUAGCUGAGUACGAUAUUUUUUUCCAAAUCUGUUAUUUUUGCUUAUAGCACCAUUUGGAUCCUAAUCUGUUUACUGAAUACCCCUGUUGGUGAAUAACCCUGUGAAACCUUUCUCUACAUAUUGUAUUCAUUCACUAAACAUUAAGUUCUGGUGAUGCUCUUGGCCUUUGAAUACUGUCCAAGCAGAGGACGAAAACAGUUUCACUCAUACCUGGGAGUACUUUCUCAGGACUCUUGACCCCAUAGCCACUGUAGUACUCCUUAGUGGAUAUGGUACUAAGAUUGACUCAUUAAUGUUGUGAAUUCCAGAUAAGUGACAGCUCUCCUUUAAAAUUAGAUUUUGUUUUGGUUUUGUGUGUUUCAUAAUUGGAACUGUCACUUGUUCCAUUUUUGCACAAACCAAUACCUAAUUGUUGGCUAUUAAUUGUGUUUUAAUUUAUUUAUUUUUUAAAUUCCAAGUUUUUUUUUGUUUUAAUUAACGUUGUGCGCCUACUUGUCCUGACACAGUCAGAGCUUACCACAUAAAAUAAUGUAACCCCUGCAGUGUUGCAUGAGAACUUGUAUCGCUAUUGAAGGAAUGCCCAGGGUAUGCAUGCCCUAUGGCAUGUCUCUGUAGAUGCCCAAGCACACAUGAGCACUACAAGGGCACCAUGGCUCGAUGAUGCCAUCCCUGCUACCAAAGUGUUAUGGUAAUUGCUUUCUAUAGACUCUGCCACCGUGCAAACCCCAGGCUGAGCUUCAGUUAGCACCAGUGAGAGGUCCAUUCUUAGUUCCUUAACCCCUUAAGGACACAUGACAUGUGUGACAUGUCAUGAUUCCAUUUUAUUCCAGAAGUUUGGUCCUUAAGGGGUUCAACCUUUUUAGGAGGACCAAGUGAAGUGCGUCUCAAGUCAAUAUUAUUUUAUUUAUAAAAUAUUUUACCAGGAAAGAUACAUUGAGAUUUCUCUCUUUCAAGUAUGUCCUGGGUCCACAAAACAUUGCAUUGUUACAAUAUUGUACAAUAAAAUACAAAAACAAUAUUAAUACACAGUAUAUACAAAAUUUAACAUAGAACAGGUAGGAAAUAUAGAAUAUAGGCUAACUUUGGAACACUGUAUGCUAUUGAACUAGAAUUAGCCCUAUUAGAAAUAUAAUUUUUCACAAAUAUAUGGGAUACUAACCUUAACAACAACUUUAUUAAAUGUUCAGUAGUUUGUAUACUGUGUGUGAAUAAAAUGUGUAUGACAGUAAUUUGAUCAGGUGUUCUGAUACUGUCCAGUGACCGCAGAUCAUGCCGGUAUUAUAUUGUUUAAGGGUUUAAUAUGAUGCUUUACUCACAGACCUGCAACUCUUAAAUUACUGCUGAGCUGGAAGCAUACCUUAAUUUCCAUUUAUUCGAAUUGCUAAAAAUUCCCCAGGGUUUUGUUAAAUCUAAUUACACCAGGCUAGAUCUUGCAGUGAUUAUCUGUACAUUGCGGUAUAUCCAACAUACAUUCAAACUGGCAUCAUCUAAUUUUAAGAUUUCAAUGUAUCUGUGUUUUUAAUUUAGCAGAAUCUGUCUGUCUGCCUGUCUGUCUGUCUCUCUCUCUGUGUCUCUCUCUGUCUGUCUCUCUCUCUCUGUCUCUCUCUAAUCUAAUUACACCAGGCUAGAUCUUGCAGUGAUUAUCUGUACAUUGCGGUAUAUCCAACAUACAUUAAAACUGGCAUCAUCUAAUUUUAAGAUUUCAAUGUAUCUGUGUUUUUAAUUUAGCAGAAUCUGUCUGUCUGCCUGUCUCUCUGUCUCUCUCUGUCUCUCUCUGUCUUUCUCUCUCUGUCUAUCUGUCUCUCUCUCUGUCUCUCUCUCUUUCUGUCUAUAUAUCUAUUUAUAUAUUUGUCUGUCUGUCCUACUUUAUCAACACAAUGUAUUUACGUGAUUUAAGGCAAACAUUUCCUGAAUAAUAUAACAUUAAGAAAGAGAGGACAAUUUGCGUACAGGGAAUGUAGGGGAGACUAGGGAAAAGUUACACAAAUGAGUUGCAUGGUGCAGGUGAAGAAGGUGCAAUAUACAGGAAAUUACCUGAGUGGUACAGUAGAGUAGAGGAAAUGUGCUGGAAGUAAACGGGAUUGCACUAAUGAGGAAACAUGCGGAAGGGAAAGUGAAGUAGUGCAGUAGUGUCAGGGAAAGAUGCAAAAAAUAUGAACUGAAUGGUGUAGUAAAGUAAGGACAAUGGAAAUUGGAUGACUGUUGCAGUAGAAAAAGGGAAAAGUACAGGAAGUGAAUAGAACAGCGCAGUAUAGGAAAUGAAAGUAUGAGCAAUGGAUUUAAUAGUGCAGUAGAGGUGAAAGGUACAGGGAGUGAUUGAAUGGUGCUGCGGAGUAGGGGAAAGGUACAGACAGAGGAGGAAACAGAUGAUUGUAGUAAACUUUGUACUUUCAGUAUCAACACUAUAAGAGACGUCACAGCUUGAUCUAACCCUUUCUUUUCCAGGCCUUACUGUUUUUAUAAAAUCAGUCACAGGGAACAGGAAACUAAACACAGACACACCACAUUACAUCAAACGGCAGCACAAACACAUCACACAAAAGUUAAGUACAUGCUUUUUGCAUGUAUGCAAAACGGUAUGGUACACCCAGUUCUUUCCGUUCCUAGCAAUAUCUGUGAAAAAUGUGUCUUCUGCAUACUUUCUUCAUUUGUUUAAUUUUGUGGGUUGCAUUAUUUUUGUUCAAAAAAUGAUACUUACUUGCAAAUAGAAAGCAAAUACAUACAAUGUAGAGGGUAGGUCACACUUAAAAUACGUCUGAAAGAGAUAAACAAAGCACGUAAUAGUGUAAUAUUGUCUAGUAAAAUGGAAUAUUGAGGAAGUGAAGUCUGGUACUCACAAGUCUGGAGCCAAAUCUCAUAUGGCUCCCAUGAAUAUCGCCUUGGGACUAUUCAAAAGGAUGUCCCACUCCUACUUCCACAUGAGCUGUUGAUUGUUCAAAUUGGAAUGAGGUCCAGAAUCCAAUGUGGAUCUUAGUAAAAAAAGUACUUUUAUUGUAUAUAAAAAAAAUAGUAAAACUUCAUUAUUUUGAAAAAUAAUUAAAAACACAAAAUAUACAGCUAUAUACUAUAUAUAUGAGUCCUGCCAAAUGGCUAUAAAGUUCAAUGGUCACCGAAACGCGUUUCGCCCCUCCGGGGGCUUUUUCAAUCGGUAUAAGUAAAUGUUCCUUGCAGUCAAACGUUCAUUUAUCCCCUGUGUGCCUUUACUUCCGGGUUCCGGCUGAUUUCUCUUUGGAACGCAUCGUGCGUUCCAACUGCGGCUGAAGUUUGCGAUUCCGCUUCCGGGUUCGCGGUUUCACUUCCGGAUUGGGGUGAUGAUGUCGCUGGAACGCAACGUGCGUUCCAAACUUCGUUACGUUGCGUUCUCAGAGAUCACCUCCAUAUUAUCGGGACGCAAAGCUGAAUCAGCUGUGCGUUCCAUAACAUGAUGGUGAGGCACCAGAAUAUCGUAAUAUAUACAUUCUUAAAGAACAUAAAGUAUUUUACCUACAUAAGAUAUUCAAUACCUGUGAAAAAUACAUGCACUGUGAAUUAAAAUAUAUAUUUCAAUUCACAGUGCAUGUAUUUUUCACAGGUAUUGAAUAUCUUAUGUAGGUAAAAUACUUUAUGUUCUUUAAGAAUGUAUAUAUUACGAUAUUCUGGUGCCUCACCAUCAUGUUAUGGAACGCACAGCUGAUUCAGCUUUGCGUCCCGAUAAUAUGGAGGUGAGCUCUGAGAACGCAACGUAACGAAGUUUGGAACGCACGUUGCGUUCCAGCGACAUCAUCACCCCAAUCCGGAAGUGAAACCGCGAACCCGGAAGCGGAAUCGCAAACUUCAGCCGCAGUUGGAACGCAUGAUGCGUUCCAAAGAGAAAUUAGCCGGAACCCGGAAGUAAAGGCACACAGGGGAUAAAUGAACGCUUGACUGCAAGGAACAUUUACUUAUACCGAUUGAAAAAGCCCCCGGAGGGGCGAAACGCGUUUCGGUGACCAUUGAACUUUAUAGCCAUUUGGCAGGACUCAUAUAUAUAGUAUAUAGCUGUAUAUUUUGUGUUUUUAAUUAUUUUUCAAAAUAAUGAAGUUUUACUAUUUUUUUUAUAUACAAUAAAAGUACUUUUUUUACUAAGAUCCACAUUGGAUUCUGGACCUCAUUCCAAUUUGAACAAUCAACAGCUCAUGUGGAAGUAGGAGUGGGACAUCCUUUUGAAUAGUCCCAAGGCGAUAUUCAUGGGAGCCAUAUGAGAUUUGGCUCCAGACUUGUGAGUACCAGACUUCACUUCCUCAAUAUUCCAUUUUACUAGACAAUAUUACACUAUUACGUGCUUUGUUUAUCUCUUUCAGACGUAUUUUAAGUGUGACCUACCCUCUACAUUGUAUGUAUUUGCUUUCUAUUUGUUGAGUGGUGUAAGGGGUUUCCACUCAGGGGGUUUAUAGCUUUAUUGCUAUCACACUUUAUUCUAUUACCUCUCUGUAUAUAUUUGUUUUUUGCAUUUUACUUGCAAAUAGCACCAAGACUUCCACAGACAACUCAAUGCAUGCAAAAGUGGAAUAAAGCCACCACACAAACUGCUGUGAUUUACUUAAUGUAUUUCCUGAUUUCUGCACUUGGCAGAAACCAUCAGUUACGUCACGGAUGACAUUGAGAAUGAGCGCUAUGCCCGUAGUACUAUCCACAUUGGUAAAGCUGCUCUGUGUGAGUGAGCAAAUUCCAUGUAAAAUUCACUCAAAAGUCAUGGCCGUCCUUAGUAAAAACCUCUUAAAAUGCACAAAGCGAAAUUCACAUUUGUUCUUAAAUAAAAGGCAUAUUUUAGUGAUUGCAUCCAAAUCACAUGUAAUUUACAUAGAUAAAUUAUUUGCAGAUGUAAAAUCACAUGUAAAUUCUGUGAUACAUCUUUGCAGAGAUGAAAAAAUUUGGCUAAAAAAACAAGAACUGUGUUUUGUUCGAUAGGAUUUACAUGGUGUUGACAGUGUUGUAAUGAUAAUCUCUUUACUCAUAUUCCAUAUUUAACACAGCUUUAGGUCUAAUGACCUAUCCACCGAAUUAGCUAAUGCUGAACUGUGCUGCCAUUUAGUUUUUAGAUUCCGAAGCUGUACAAGUUUACCAUAUUUUUAUACUUCAGGGACUACGUUCAUCUCUCCCCUGUGGCACCCAAGACAUUGAGAACAUAUUUAUUUGUUUCCUGUAAUGCUGAAGUCACACUAUAUUUAACCUUUUCAGUACUGGCAUGUAUUGAUAUGUAUAGAAUGAAACAUUUCUAUUUUACUUUAUUUUUUCUUAUUAACUGCCCCAUAUAACUAAUCAACCUCCCCUAUCAUGUCAAUAUGACAAUGCAGGCUUUCCUAUUUGGAGUGAUGGCUAAUUAUUCCAUUUGCUGAACAACGCUGUCACUUAAAGGGACAGACACUCUAACCACUUUAGCUCAUUGAAUUGAUGAUGGUGUUCAUUGUUCAAUAAUUUUCAAGCAUUUUAAACACUGAUUGAGGGUCCCUAUGCAGCCACAGCCCUGCCCCUGUAUAUUGCUCCGAUUAAUGCUUCCGCAGCAGCCAGAGUAUUGAUGGGCGAUAAUGACAGGCGGUGAGAGAUCUCUCUGCCAACCGCCUACCACCCAUGGCUGGUAUGACGUGGCAUGGUUAAUGCAAAGAAACCUCUACUCUCCAGCGGCAGAGCCAUGAACUCCCUGGGGCCUUUAUUCAAUGUUGGCAGUGGACAGUGGGACGGUGCCAGAACACUCCAGGUACAUUAACCAUGUCAGUGAAAUGAUGUGGUGGUGGUGCCUAGUGCAGAUAGCCACGAAUCCACCUUAAUAUAAUGGUUAGAUAAGGCCAUAUUUAUCUGAAGGUAUUCUGGAGCAAAUUGUACAUUUAGAGACAUUCUAUUGGUUUCCAUGGUAACUGCUCCUUAUUUAACACUCUGACCCAGAACAUCACCUGUUUUUGCUUUGACAUAUACCAACUGUUCUUUUCUGUUAUGGUUAGCCAGCAGUAGAAAACGUACUCGACAUUAGCCAGACUGCCAUAGGUUAGCUGCCACUGCUAUAUGUAGUUAGCGGUGCCUGAAAGUUGUCAUUACUUAAAACAUCACAUUGCUACUGAUUGGUAGAAAAAGCCCUUUGUAUUAUACAUUGCUCCUAUUAAUUUGCUACACAAGCUUCUGGCAGGGAGAUCAGCUCUCGUGAGUUACUCAUAUCUAUUGAGCGUUAAACGUUAACUAAGUCCCAUAUGAUAAAUUGACAUUAUAUGCGAGCACCUUUAGAUAACACGUUUCCCCUCCUAGGUGUCUUCACUGCCACUUCUAGAACUAAAUAUUUCACAGGUGUGAUAUAGACUGCACAUUGACCUUAUAGAGGUGACAAUUGCAGAGCAUUAUAAUUAUUAUUUAUAAAGCGCCAACAAAUUCCAUAGCGCUGUACAAUAGGUUGACUAACAGAGAACAAGAUGAGCUGUAUUCAAAGGAACAGAGGGUGUUGAGGACCCUGCUCAAAUAAGCUUGGAUUCUAGAGCAGUAGUUCCCAACCAGUCCAUCAAACUGAAUGGAUGUAAGGUCAUUGUAGUAAGCCUCUCUGAAAGCUACUUAUUUUGCAUGUAUUAACCUAUUUACUUCUGUGUUCUGUCCAGAAUAAUUGUAAAGAUUUAACAUUUAAUUGAAAUAUAAAAUUAGGCAAAUUAUAUUUUUGUAUUUCACAGAUCCUUAAUUACUGUAUGAAGCCCGUAUUAUGGUAAAAUAAUGCCUUUGGACAUUAAGGUCCAGUGGUUUGUAAAUGUUUCCAUAAGCCUGAGGUGGGUUUUUUCAUCGUAAUACACACUCACACUGUUAUGUUUCUUUUAUAUUAGGUGAUAUUUUUAUCCUAGUGUUAGUGUUAGGACUAGGAUGUUAAAGGAGCACUACAAUGCUAGGAAAACAAACCUGUUUUCCUGGCACUAUAGGGUUAUUAGGUGUGUGUCCCUCCCUCGUGGCCCCCCUCCCGCUGGGCUGAUGGGGUUAAAACCCCUUCAGCCACUUACCUUAAUCCAGUGCUGGGCUCCCUCAGCGCUGGUGACCUCUCCUCCCCUGCUGACGUCAGCUCCAGAGCUGCGUGCACAUUCAAACUGCCCAUAGGAAAGCAUUACUCAGUGCUUUCCUAUGGGAAUAUGAAUUCACGCUGCGUGAGUUUGAUGCAAUUUUCACACUGAGAAUCGCGGAAGCGGCCUUUAGUGGCUGUCCGGAAGACAGCCACUAGAGGCUGGAUUAACCCUUCAAUGUAAACAUUUCAGCUGCAGGGUUAAAACUAGGGGACCUGGCACCCUGACCACUUCAUUGAGCUGAAGUGGUCUGGGUGCCUAUAGUGGUCCUUUAAGUUGGAGGGCUACGGGUAGUGUAGGGAGCAGACUUGUUUAAUCCUUUUUGUAACAAAUCAAGUUUUGUCCGAAAUUUGGCCCAAUUUGGAAGUGUCUGAAUUUCCACAACCCAAAGCUAAUAGAUCUAUAAUGAAUCAAUUAGCUUCAGAUCCAUUCAGUUUGAUGAGGAUUUCAAAUUUGUAAGUUAUCUACUAAACAGCGGAAAGAUCAAAAUUAAGUCCCAGGCGUAAACUACUUCAGCUGCUGCCAUUCAUUUAAGCUCAGGAAGUACAGAAGCCCCACUAAUCUCAUGCAGACUGGGAUUUGUAUGCCUUGGUUCUGCUUGAGAUAAGGCUCCACAGACUGCACAGUGGUGACCUAUGCAGUAUAAUCCAUUAAUUACGAGGAAUUAUUAUACUGAUGACAUCAUCAUUGAUGCAAUAUGCAGUACAGGAUUCUAUAAACAUAAUCUGCUUGUUUACAGGACAGUAAAUAUUAAUUAUAUUAAUUAACUCUGUUUUAAUUAUUAAUUAUAUUAACCAUUAAGUUGUAAUAACGUCUGGACAUGCAUUGCUCAAAGAUGCCUGUUAGUACACUUAGAUUGACGGAUACCAUGACUGAUCCAUACAUAGAUCCUACAACGGGAUGGGAACUGAUGACAUCAUGACCUUAUUAGGAAGGGACUUGCAGACAGGGUGUAAUGUGACCUUUUAUAAGGUUGGAUAGGUGACAGAGAGCAAAGGUUCUUGGUGUGUAGAGCAGCUGUGAGACCAUCUCCACCCCCCCCCUCUCCCCCCAUACCCUUCUCCCAGUAACACACGCACAUUUUACAGACAUAGAAUGACUUCAAUCAUUCCACUAAUUUAUAAAUGCCCCUUUGCCCAGCACUGUAUAAUAUGUUUGUGUUUUACAGACUAAUAAGCCAGUAAUCAGAUUUAUUAGCUAGAUUUGUGCGCAAUCAUAAACAAUCCACUUAACAGCGGAGCUUGUAUGGUAGAUCAAACCAAUAUAUUGCAAUUACUUUAAGUUGAGGAAACCUUUAAAUAGAUUUUGCAUCAUUAAAUAAAGUUAAAAUAUUGUAUCAUUCAUUAGAAAGCCAUAAAGUAUUCCUUAAUUUAGAAGCUGAUAUGAAAAGCUUUGCCAUCUUACAGAACUAAAACUCCCAUGAUGCUCUCAAAUCUUUUGACUAAGAAAACUUUAUGAACGCUGACAUUUUGAAAACUCCUGAGGUCUUUCUUCUCUAAUAUCACCUUAAAUUUCCAGUCAUCUGUAAUAAUUUCACCAGGCACAAAAUGCAGGGUAUCAGAAACAUUCUAUUAGAUUGUGUCUGUUGAUUUAUGUUGCUAAAACAAAAUAUGUGCAAUAUACUUAUAUUAAAACAUUCAAAUUGAGUUAUGUUUCCCAAAACCAAUAUAGGCAAAUAAAAAGAAUGUAUUAAACGAUAAUGUAAAUGUGAAAUGUAAAAAUCUUGAUGCAGUCCCUUUAAAUGUAGUGCUUUCUAAAUUAAUCAGAGUGAUAUCACAGCUGUCUAUUAAAGGGACAUUGUAGGCACUGUAACUACUUCAGCUCAUUAAAAUAGUUACUGUUUGUUUUACCAAAAUGAGAAGGCCAGCAGCAAAGGCUGCAGGUGUCUGGGAUAUCCCAGGUAAGUUGUCAAACUUAAUUAAAACUGUUUGACUAAUUAACAUGGGAUGGCGGCAGGGAACUACUGGGACUAUAACCACUAUGCCUCCCCUGGAUACAAAAUAACAAAUAACACUGACGUUUAUUCACUAAAAUUAGAAUAUUGGACUGGGAGAUGUAAAACCAAACUAGAAAAACUGGAGAAAGUAGCCAAUUCAAAAACUUGUUUUCCUGGCACUAUAGGGUCAUUAGGUCACAUUAAAGAAACUGGCCUUAGGGCAACAGAGAGGGUAAAUUCAGCCCUGGUACUACAAAUAUGUUAUCGAAAAUCUUUUGUGUCUGCAAAACUAGGUGACCAUUGCUGUACAUGCUGCAUGAAUGCAGGCAUGAGAAAUUAAAUUAGGUUUUUUGAUUCUACUGUUACCGGAACUGGACCUGUUAUACAUCAUUAGUGGAAGAGCUGGGAAGAGCACAUGGGGUAACGAUGGUGGCUGCUUAGUCUGAAUAGCCUAUAUGAUUUAUAGUGCGCUGUGCGUGAGGCUGCGGAAUUAAAUAUCACCCUGUGUAUAUAGGUACACUGAAAAAGAGCAGGUGUAAAUGUCAGGACCCUACAUUCUGCCCAGAACUGCAUUUAGCCUGAGUUCAAAUGUUAGCCUUUGGCUAGCAAAGCAUGCUGGGAACUCCCUAACCCCUUAUUUAUCAGACACACAUACCCUCUCUGUAUAAGAAUAGAAUCUUGCAUUGACCUUUGCUAUCUGUAUGAUUUGCAGGGAGGAUUUGUUACAAACAUAUAUUUAUAUACACAAAAUCCAGCACACUCACCUAUCCACUAAACAGCAAUAUAUAUAUACACGUAAAAGAGCUCUUUUCUCAGGACUAAUGAAACAUAUCUUUUACAAGCCUUACAGUUAGGAGGUUUAAUAAAAGUUUAGUAAUUGGCAAAAUGCCUGUGUUCUUCAUUGGAGCCUAUUUACCAGCUUCAACAUUGUGCUUCAAAUAACAAGAGUCAUUUUUUAUCAGAGUGAAAUCUCUUCAACUAUUAAUUGCUUAAUAUAUUGUACCCAUACAAUCCAAUCUAAUGUGUAAAUUCUUAGCCUAUGCACCUGUUAUCCCACAAUGCUUCACAACACGUCACUGUAAUUUAAAUGUCCUCAUUUAAAAUUUAGAGUUUUAAAUGCACAGCUUUUAGUCAGUGUUCUAAUGCGCAUGGUUGUGUCUGUAAUAACAGGCACAGAAUAUGUCCCUCUGCAUUAGAACACUUUUUGGGAUUAUUAUCCACAUGUACCAGAUAUUUUAACAUUCCCUCAUCCUGUUUUUGCACAGACAGGUAAGUGUACUGCAGUGGUUAUUAACCUUCUUUCAAUAGUUAUGUAAUUUGCAUACACAGAACUGAAUUAGGGCUUCCCAGGGCGUGUGUGUGUGUUGACCACUUUACCCUCAUUAUUCCGAUACUUGGAGUCAUGAGUAAGUGCCGGGGAACAGCGAGGGUGCCCUUAAAGGAACACUGUAAUGUCAGAAAUACAAACAUAUCUUCCUGACACUAUAGUUCGUAUAGCUUUAUUUAGGCCUCAGACACCCCUGUCAGAAGAAUAAAAGGUGAGUUUACUCUUCUUUCUUCCAGCUUUGUGUGGGUCUCUUUGUGGCAGCCUCCGCCCUCACUCCACCUCCUUGGCUGGGUUCAUCAAACUUGACAAUCUCAGCCAAUCCAAUGAUUUCCCAUAGGAAAGCAUUGGAUGACUAUUGCACAUGCGCAGCAAAACAUUGUGCUGCACCAAUCAGCAUCUCCUCAUAGAGAUGCACUGAAUUAAUGCAUCUCUAUGGGGAAUAUUCAGGGCUGCAGUAUUGUGCAGAAGUGACCCAGGAAGCUCCUCUAGUGGCGGUCUGAGUGACAGCCACUAGAGGUGUUACUAGACAGCAAUGUGAACACUGCCUUUUUUUCUAAAAAGGCAUUGUUUACAUUUAAAAGCCUUCAGGGACAGACAAUAUACACCAGAACAACUACAUUAAGUUGUUCUGGUAACUAUAGUGUCCCUUAAAGUGAUAUUGAUAGAUACCGCUGUAACGGAUCAACGGGCAGACCAACUGUCUCUUCUCCCAGUAACUCUCUUGGCCCCUGGGAGAGAGACCGACUGUCACUUCUCCCAGUAACCCAUACUGCUGCUGGGAAGUGAGACCGGCUGUCUCCCCUUCCAAUAAUGCGCUCUGCCACUGGGGAGUGAAACCGGUGGUCUCUCCUCCCUGUAAUGUUCUCUGCCGCUGGGGAUCUGGGCCAACUGCCCAGCAUCCCUGUAGGGCCGAUAGAGAGAUCUCGGUCCCAUCUCUACCUGCAAUAUGUGGGUCUCUCCAGGACCAGAAUAUGAGGUCCCCUACUUCUGCAGCUGGUAGUGAAGCAGGGGGUACUUCGGCCGCAUUUUCCCAGCUGUAGGCUGGCAGGUCUGGGUCCGCCACCCAGUUUUCCCGUUCUGCGUCCAUGCUCUGCAGCUGACACAAGUUUAGUAGCUCCACAUAGUCCAUCUCCAGCUCUCGUUCCAUGGCAGCGAAACGGCGGAGGUCUUCUCCCAGUCCAAUAGAUCUCGGGCCCUGUAACAUCUCUCCCCAGUAAUGCAAGAUAGCCCAGUACCGUGACUCUGCUGGACUGCCGAAGUUGACGUCUUCCGCUAAGGCCUACCACAACAGGCCAGGGCUAGUGUAGUUCUCCCCCUCCGGCUGGAUGCCCUCUGCCCUCCACGUCUCUGGCUGGACGGUGCACCACCACAGUGCCCGGUAUGAGGCGUCCAGGCUCAGUUCCCUUUCCACAAGCUACUCAAGUUGUCUUACCCGCUCCCCUCCGUGUUGGUCUCCCAGAAGCGGCAUCCGCCAGGCCAUUUGUUUCUCCAACUGGUAUGCGACACCAGGAAGGCGCUGCUGCCGUUGAUACUGGACUUCCUCCAGGGCAUCGUACCAUAAUUCUUUCCGGGCAAUAUCUUUCCAUUCCAAUUCACUCUCUUACUCAGGUGUGUGUGCUGCCCAGGGGUCCACGAACCCCAUUUUCCCAAAUUUUUCUGUAGACAGGGAUGCUGUAUAAACACUAGCGCCGCCCUCAAUUUGUAAAUCCACGAACGGUGUCUCAGAGUUGCUUUACCUCGCACUAGGACGCCAUCCCACUGCUGCCACCAAUGUAAUGGAUCGACGGGCAACCCGACUGGCUACCUCCAUUGAAGGAUGCUCCUAGCGCUUCCUGAGGGCUCCAAGCACUCCAGCUGAUACCAUAACCACCGCUGACUCCUCCAGAGAGCAAGACAGGAACAAGCUCUUACAAGAGCUUAGUAGUGAUAUAGCAAGGGAGGAUGACUAACAUAGCAAUCCCUUGUAGCAGAUUCCCUCAAUAAGAGACAGCACUCAGACAAUUAUGGAUUACCCAAUCACACACUGGUUACAUCCCACACAUCUCCUCCCCUUAGCCUGAGAGGUAACACAAUUAGCCAUACAGUUUAAAACAUACUUUUUACCCAACUUUCAUAACUCUAAAACUAUACAUCCAAUAUUAAUAAACACUAUUUAAGUCACAUAUUAUUAUUCAGCACAUUUCAAAUACAAACACACCCAAAAAUCAUUUGAAUCCGUUCAGCCGUUCGGGAGAUAGAUAUAAGUCACUUUUGACCGACCGGUCAAUUUCACACAGAAAAAUGUCUAAGUCUCAUUCGAAUGCACGAACGGGGCCAUUCGUGUAAAUAGCCCUGUCUAACAGUGCGUUUGAAUUGUCGAAUGCACUUCGAUUCCAGCUGAAGCUUCGAAGUUCAGGAAAAGGUAAGGGUCAGCGAUGUUUGUGCAAAUGUGUAGCCGAUUUUAGUUCCAUAGAUUCAGUGGCACGCACCGCUGACCGCGUUCGACUAAAUUAAAAUGGCCGCCGCCACGUGUUCGGUUUUCAAAUGGCGGCCACUUUGACUACUUCGGCACUUCGACAUCCCAGGGGCCAUAGUCACAUGGCAGGAGGCUGGCAAUCAGUCUUCUCCAAUGCUCAGUGGGGAGGUCGGUUUCGCCACAACCACAAUACUCCAUCUUUUAAAAUCUCUGUUGGCUUAAGGAGGGCCUACUCAGAGCUGGAGCUCCAGGUCCAGACAGUGGCCUAACAGCUUUCGUUGCCUUAUAGGUAAACUGGCUCUGUACCACUGGCAGAUCCAGAAGGGGGGAGCAAUGGGGCAAUUGCUCCCCCCCCCCCCCGAAAACAACAGUGCCUUGCUCUCCCCUGCCAGUCCUGCUGGGUUCCUUCAAGGAUCGGAGGGGAGAUCAGUGAUCUCCCUCACCGGUCCGCAGGCACUUUGCCGACAGCUAGCAGGGGAAGGAGAGAUGACCCUUGAUCUCCGCCUGCAGCUCUUCUGGGUCCUCCUCUCGCGAGAACAGAGUGUUGCCGUGGUUACUAUGGCAACAUCUCGGUUCUCGCGAGAGUGAACUCUAGCCUCAGGAGCUGCAGGCUAGAGUUCACUCUUACCACUAAGGAUUCUCCACCGGACCACCAGGGAUUGCAGGGAAUAUCCCCCCACCCUCAGCAAAGGUAAGAAGGGAGGGGGGGGGAUAUAAAAAAUAUUUUAAUAAACAAAAAUGUAUAUAUUUAUCUGCCCCCUAUCCCCCAAUAACUCCCCACACACAAACUGCCCCCCCAAUACACACACACACACACACUGCUCCCCAAUAUAUAUACACACACACACUGCCCCCCAAUACACACACACACUGCUCCCCAAUAUAUAUACACACACAAACUACCCCCAAUACACACACACUGCUUCCCAAUAUAUAUAUAUAUAUAUAUAUAUAUAUAUAUAUAUACACACACACACACACUGCACCCCUCACACACACUGCACCCCUCACACACAAUGCACCAAUACACACACACUGCCCCAAUACACACACACACACUGCUUCGCAAUAUAUAAACACACACACACUGCUUCCCAAUAUAUAAACACACACACUGCCCCAAUACACACACAAUGCCCCCCAAUACACACACACUGUCCCCAAUACACACACACACUACACCCCUCCUGCCCCCAUACACAUACUGCACCCCUCACACACACAAUGCACUCAUAUACUCACACACACACAUACACACUACUGCCACUAUUCCCUACUUACUAUUCCCUACUACUGUCCCUAUUCCCUAAGGGCACCAUGGCACUUCUGGCACCAUGACCACUACAGAGAGCUGUAGUGGUUGUUGUGCCUGGAUUGUUUCUUUAAAUAAUCUACACUGCCCCUCCCGAGAUUAGGUUCUGGAUCCGCCCCUGCUCUGUACGUAGAUGGAUUUAGCUCCAAGAUGCAUUAUUCCAUUGCAAAGUUAGCUCAGUGACCAAUUCUUUAAGUAUAAGGCCAAUGUAAUUAGCCUGUAUUUGUGGAUGGGACCAGGGACUGCUUUACAGAGCACAACAGUAAUGUGAUCCUCACCCCCCAACUCCGUCCCUGCAACUGUCCUAUCAAUUAAUUAAACUGGUUUGCCCUUUUCAGGUCUACAUUAAAUUACGGUUCUGGCACUCCCCCUCCCCUACCCCCCACACCUUAUUUCAUAAGCUUUACUUUUUAGGUCAGGCUCACAACAAAAUAGUAUGUGUGACAAUAAAUUUUGUUAAACACCAACAAUACUCUUUUCCCAAAUGUAGUAGUGUUUCCAUUCCAUUGUACUAGGCAAUACAAUGCCAUUACACUAAACAUUUUAUCUUGAGCGGUUGCCUGUGACCUGAUGAAUGAUCCCUUGUUUCAGCCAAUUAGGAGAAACAGAAAUGCGUUGGAAAAGGCAUUUCAGACCGAGAUCCAGAGUGUUAAGAACCAAUAGUAUAGUGCUUCGUUACAGAGUGUGAUGCUCUAGAGGAAAGAGAUAAUUGUUAUGUUCCUUAUUGCUUUGGAGGUGAAUGGUAUAGUAUUCCACUAACCUUCUCGUGGAUAUCAAGAGGACUAAGAUUCUGGAGAGAUAUUUCAGUAGAAACCGAGAAUGGCAACUCUGAUGUCAGAGUUUUCAGAAAUUCGGUUUACGCUUUCAUCUCAUUAAAUAUAGAUAGAAAGUGCAUUACGGACUGAUCGUAUUGUCAACAGGAGCUCAUAGCAAUGAAAGUCAGCCAGAGAAAACACACGAAGACUGCAAGGUAGGAUCUGUGACUUUACUGAGCUUUAUAGUUCAAUGGAAUCUUAACACUGAGGGUACAGAGGGGAACUGAACUUUACUGUAGACAACGACCCAAUCUAGAUCUAUCGUUUAAAGCGUUAUAAAUUAACUUUCAGUUAUAGAGGGUUUUAAUUUAUAUAGAGGAGGGUAAGUGGGAUAUUGGCUGAAGAUGUCAGUAUGGUAAGUAUAAGUAUAUAUUAGUAUAAGAAAGUAUAUUUUUAUUGUAGAAGUUGUAUAUGUAUGGAAGGUGGUAGAGUCCAUUAAAGUUUGGGAUAGACACAUUCCUGUCCUGAGCAGCAAGCAAAGCAAAAGGAAAUUAGGAUGGAGCUGAUCCAUUCUUUUUUUCAAUCCAUCAUAUAUGGUGCUUUACAAAUCAGCCAUAAAAAAAGUUAAAUUGGAAGUUCCUGCAUUUGAUGCAAAAUCUCAAAUAUUAGCAGCUUCUGCAGUGAGCUUUAACUGUACCAGGAAGUAGUUCAAAAUAAAGAAGAAAUUCCAGGCAGGAGCUUAUAGUCUUUUUUUAAUCCCCUAUACAUGAUGCAUCAUAAACCUAUGCAGGGGAAAAAACACGUUAAAAUAAAUUUAUAUUUGAUGCAAAAUCUCAAUUAUUUGCAGCUUCUGCAGGGAAGAUUUGCCAAACCAGGAAGUAUCUCAGCUAGUUUUGAUGCUCAUCAACUUUUCUAUAACAUAUCCCAUUUGCAGAGCUUCUAGUACUGGGAGCCUUUAAGAUCCUGUAUAAAUAUUAGACAUGUGCAUUCGUUUUCGUACAAAUACGAUUUCAUUCGAAAAUUUGUGUUUUUUCGUAUUCAUUUACUAAAACGUAAAUGAAAGCCCUACAUAUGAAAAAUAAACUAAAUGAAAGGGCAAAUGCCGAAUGCAUUACCUUUUUGUUGCGUUUAUUUAAUAGAUUCUGUGCUGCAGGGGAAUUAACCCCCACAGCACAGAGAAAAUAACACUGCGCAUGCGCAGGGAAAAAAGCAAGGAGGGAGCCGGCAGCACUACCAGCUCCCUCCGUGUAAUAAAUAUUAAUUCCAACCCCCCACCCCGCAUUAAAACCUAUGGGGCUCACUAUGACCCCAUAUUGAUAAAAGGGAGGUUAAAUCCUCCCAGAUUAACCUACUCGCUGUUUAGGCAAUAUGCCCCUAAUACAUGGGGGGACCUGGCACAGAUAGAGGCAUGCGGGAGGAUUUAACCUCUGCUAGGUCCACCCUUAUUGCUCUAGCGACUGGGCAGCAAUAGCUGCCCAGUCACUAGUAGUUUUAAAUUUGCUUAAGCGACAUGCCUCAACUCGCAGCAUGCCUUGAGUAGGGGCAUGCGGGAGGAUUUAACUUUCCUUUUAUUAAUAUGGGGGUAAUAGUGACCCCCAUAGGUUUUAAUGCAGGGGGGGCAGGAAUGGUUUCUAUUACUAGGAGGAUGCUGGUAGCGCUGCCGGCUCCCUCCUUGCUUUUCUUUUUUUUUUUCGCAUACGCAGUGCUGUUUUCAUCCUAAUGGCCGAAAAAAUAAUUAUUUUUUAACGAAUUUCGUUCAUAAAACAAAUGGUUUACGGACGAAAUUCAGGAUUGACGAAUGAAACUUUGAUUUAGUACGAAAUCAUUUGCACGAAAGGAAAAUUUCACUAGUGCAGAUGUCUAAUAAAUAUAGAAUAUGACACCCUUUAAAGGGACACUCCAGGCACCCAGACCACUUCUGCCCAUUGGAGUGGUCUGGGUGCCAACUCCCACUACCCUUAACCCUGCAACUGUAAAUAUUACAGUUUUCAUAAACUGCAAUAUAUACCUUGCGGGGUUAACGCCUCCUCUAGUGGCUGUCUACUAGACAGGUACUAGAGGGCACUUCCUGGUCUAUAGCACAGGUUUUCUGUGCUAUAGCGUCGCUGGACAUCCUCACCCUAUGUGAGGACCUCCAGUGUCGCUAAAAUCCCCAUAGGAAAGCAUUGAAAGCAUUUUUCAAUGUUUUCCUAUGGAGAGGUCUAAUGCGCGUGCGCGGCAUUGCCGCGCAUGCACAAUCGGCUCCCGCGCCGGCUGACGUCGUUUGAAGUAAAUUUAAAAUUUGAGGCCAGAGUAAUCACACUGGCUUAGAGAAUGUUUCCAGAUCAGCUAGUUUUCCCUUGAAUUGAAACGGACUUCAAAUUCACAAUGAACUCUCACUUUAGUGAAAACACAGAUAAUUCUGCCUCCCUGCACUGUGGAGACAAAGAAUUAAUUCACUAAACACUGAAUCGUUUUGGAACUUGAUUUCAAAAUUUAGGGUAAAAAAGCUGAUUUGGAAAAAAUCUGCACCUAUAAUCAAAUUCUGGCUAUAAUAGCAGUCGUUUUGCAAAUAGGUUUUAAUUUACUACAUUUCGGUGUUUAGUGUAUUAUUCUUGAUGUGUGUAAGGUAAAUACGGGACAUUGUACAGUGAUAUUUGUCAAGGGCAAUAGAAUCCAGCUGGUAGCAAAAUGACAGUUAUUAUUAUAGGAUUAUAAAAUUAGUUCUAAAUUGAAGAAAAACCCGGGACUAACUGGCGCCCUGUGUGAAAACAGAAAAUGCACCCACUGUCAGACAAAAUCUAAAUACUGCUGUUCUACAGAUUAAUUUAUUGUUAAUUAGAUUGCUGACAUUGUAAGUGCACACUAAUCAUUCGUUUUGUGUACAUUCUAAUUAGAUAAUGCUUCCUAAGGGGUGCGUAAUGCCUUAAUAGAAAUGGCUUUUACAUGAAAUAGCAAAAUUAAACGUGUUCUGAUAGAUACGUGGAAGUCGUUAGGCUAAGCUGUUUCUGUACUAUGCUGCACUUAGAAGCUUUGCAGUUUAGAGGAAACAGGUAGUGAUAACUGUAUGGACAAAUAGGCGGAAAUUUCUGAUUUAUUUGUACUAAAAGAUUAUAUGUGCUUUUCUUGGCUUCUUGGCUUUUUUAGAAAAUGCUUAGAUGAAACUUAAAGGUACACUAUAGUUACCAAAACAAUGUUAGCUGAAUGAAACAGUUAUGGUAUAUAGAUUGUACCUCUGUAGUCUGCUCAAUUCUCUGCUAUUUAGGAAUUAAUUAACUUUGUUUAUACAGCCCUAGUCACACCUCACUGUGACUUGCACAGCCUUCCUAAACACUUCCUGUAAAGUGAGAUCUAAUGUUUAAACGUCCUUUAUUGCAUACUCUGUUUAAUGUAGAAUGUAUUAUCUCCUGUUCUGUCAAUAACCUUUUAGACCAUACAGUACCCUCCUGUGUGUGACUCCGUUUUAAUUUACAGAACAGGUAAAAACUACUAAAGCAAGUUAACAUCUGAUUGAAAAUUGAACCUUUUUUACUGCAGGCUGUGAAAGUCACAUUCAGGGGAGAUGUGGCUAGGGUUGCAUAAAUAGAUCUAACUCCUAAAUAGCAGAUAAUAGAACAGUGAGACUUCGGGGGAAUGAUCUAUACACCCAAACUACUUCAUUAAGCUAAAGUUGUUUUAAUGCCUGUAGAAUUGCAACCCAUGUUUGCUAUAAAAUGCAGGGGAAAGCAAACUAAUGUAGCACUUUUCAUUGAAAGAAUAUCUCUCUUGUUGAGAAGUAUGACCCUGGUAUACAGAAAUUGGAGUGGGACAGAGAGUAGGCACACCAACCUCUCCUAAUGUCCGACCUGACAAGCGGGGAAGAUCUGAUAUGUAAAUAUGGUUACUAUCUCUCUGUUGGAGCGAGAAAUGGUGGGAAAGAGGAAAGGCUUUACGUGGCUAGUAAUAGAUCGAAAUUCCACUUUUUGUGAAAUGAUUUGGGGGGUAUUUGUACCAGCAAAUCGUUUAUCUUGUUUAUCUUACCAGAGAUAGUUCUGUUGAUGUAAUUUGAAGUGUUACUUGUGCUGUCAUUCCUUAACAUUGUAUGAAGACUGAGUGCCAUGCCUUUAUGGCUUAUGUGAAAGAGUAGCUCAAAGCCAUCUGUGAAAUAUAUCAUAGAUACGACGGGGUUAAGAAUUCCUCUGGCUCCAUCCCAUCCUGCGUCAUGCUGCAUCUGGUUACCCGCCUCCCGUUACUGUAUCUCUCUCCUUCCCUUUGCUGUUUAUCACCUGAACAAUUUGGCAGAGGUUGUCAUGGUGACUGCUGCUUAAGUACCAUCUAUAGACUGUUCUCUCUCACCUGUCGGUGACGAGGUGCCCUGUGUGAGGUGAACAUGUGUCCUGCCCACUGACAUUCACUGUGGUCAUUUGGCAUCCUUCUGUAUGUAUUAGCGUAUUUUUAUACCUUAUAUUCUGCAAUUACAUACAUUCCUGCCUGUUUAUUUACAUAUUUAUUAAUUAAGGUAUAAGUGAAAGCCUUUCUGUUCACAAGUAACUCGUCUGUCUAUCGGUCUGUCUGUUUGUCCGUCUGUUUGUCUAUCGGUCUGUCUGUUUGUCUGUAUAAUUUAGCCAUCUAUGUUUAUUCCUGUGGAUGUUGUUAACUUAUGUAUUUAAGUGAUGCAAAGUCCUUCCUUUGUAUCUAUACAUUUCUGUGUACGCAUCUGUGUUUGUGUCCGUUGUUGUUUCUGUCUGAGUAUUUGCCCCUUCUUUGUAAAAUCAAAAAUCUGUGCUAAUAGGACCAUUAUAAAAGUACCCUUGUAUGUUAAUGUAAAAAUUCCCUUUGGGAUUUGUCAUAAUUUUUCCAAAUUUAGGCCCAAAUAGUGGAUGUGGAAAAAUCCUCCAACUAUUUUAUCCAGAAAUGUGCAUGUCAGCGUUUACUACAAUUUUAAGAAUUUUGUCUCAUACACUUUUAUAUUGAGUAGCAGUGUGAAUGUAGAAUUUCAUCAGUAGAUUGUUGUGUGCCAGAUCUUGUCCUGGUGUACAAUAUAUAAAGCACACAUUGUAUUAAGUGAUUAGAAAUUAUUUUUCCUGGAGAAUUUAGUGGAUAAACUCCGCGGGGGCAGGAGUAUACUGUCAUCGCAUUCAGUAGGGUCAUAGUAUUUUUACUGUCACAUGAACAUGAUGUGUAUAAUGGUCACUAGUAAUUCUUCUCCUCAGUGCUGUGUAAAGAGGCAGGGCUUAUAGAAAUGAAUGUUUGAUAGCGAUCGAUUUUACCGCAGUCGCUGGUUUUAUUUGAUACAGAAGGUUAUGACAGUUACUUGGGGAGUCCAGGAUUAAAGCCCUCUCUGCCACAUUGGUAAGAUAUGUCAGGAAGUACAAUGCUUUAAUGGAUGCUUCAAAAUGUAAGUGGGUGCUUUCCGAUCUCGUUACUCAAUUUAGGUCUUAUUUCCAGUUAUGAACAGGAUUCCCCUAGCAGAUUAAAGAUUUCCUCUGUUUACUGAAUAGCAAUUGCUCCAUUGAAGUUUAUGGGAAAGUUGCUAUUCGAUAAGCAGAGUAAAACAUUAAUCUUGUAAAGGAAUACAGCACUUUAUCGAUAAGUUUUAAUCAUUAAACUGGGUAUCAUUAACUUUAGCAAUUAUGGGCUGUUUCCAUAUUACAAUAUGGCCCUGUCCUUGUAACCCUGCAAUGUAAGAAAUUGCAGUUUGUUUAAAAAAAUUUGAUAUUUACAUUACAGAGUUAAACACACUUCUAGUGGCUGUCAUAUUGACUAGAGACGCUUCUGCUGCACCGAGAGCAAAACUCGAUCACAUGAUACGGAAGUCCACACGAAAGCAUCGAUUCAGUGCUGUUCUAUGGAGAAGCUUGGAUGCACAUGCAGUACUCACUGCCCAAGUGCAUUAGGUUGCUUUAAGUUUAAAACUAAUGGGGACUCACUGCAAUUUUCUUCAAAUUUGCCAACUGAAUUUACAGUGACUGACUAUGAAAAGUAAACACUCUGCAUAAGGAAUCAUAGGAAAAGUAACCAACUGGCUUUAAAUGCCUUACAUUGCCUUUUCUCUAGUUAUUUGUGACAUCCUGACGAAACCUUAAAGGACCACUAUAGUGCCAGGAAAACAUGCUUGUUUUCCUGGCACUAUAGUUCCCUGAGGGUGCCCCCACCCUCAGGGUCCCCCUCCCGCCCAGCUCUGGAAGGGGGAAAGGGGUAAAAAUGUACCUUUUUCCAGCGCUGGGCGGGGAGCUCUCCUCCUCUUCUUCUCCCCGUCGGCUGAAUGCGCACGCGCGGCAAGAGCUGCGCGCGCAUUCAGCCGGUCACAUAGGAAAGCAUUAUCAAUGCUUUCCUAUGGACGUUUGCGUGCUUUCACUGUGAUUUUCACAGUGAGAAGCACGCAAGCGCCUCUAGCGGCUGUCAAUGAGACAGCCGCUAGAGGGAAUGGGGGAAGGCUUAACCCAUUGAUAAACAUAGCAGUUUCUCUGAAACUGCUAUGUUUAUGAAAAAAUGGGUUAACCCUAGCUGGACCAGGCACCCAGACCACUUCAUUAAGCUGAAGUGGUCUGGGUGCCUAGAGUGGUCCUUUAAUUUGCUUUAAUUGGAAAUUGCCAAAAACUUUAUUAGGUAAUGGUUUCUAGUAAUCACUCAUUUGUAAUGCUGGUUUCAAAAAUGCCCUAAUCUCAAAAAGAGAUAGUUCAUCAUUAAUAUUCACAAAAGUUACAGUCAGCAAGGAUUGUAGUAAAUAUUCAGAUAAUUGCCAAGUUUCUUUCAGCAGGCCUUCAUGAUGAGUGUGUGUGGGAAAGAAACAAUUUAGCAUUAUAAAUAAAAAUCUGUAUUCCAAUACUGGAAAACAUAAUACCUAUUACCCAACUGCACCUUUGUUAAUAUGCAUUGUUCUAUCGUACUUGUGAAACUAUGUCUGCUUCAAUAAAGCUUCGUUAACAUAAAAAUCUGUAUUUCUAACGCUAUAGUGUGCCAUUUAAAUUAAUUAAAUCACUUUUUCCAGGGCCAAGGCUCUUCUGUGAUGGUCCAAUCCAAUACUCCUCAUAGAGGAGCAUUGGGUACCUGAUGUGCAUGUCCAGCGAAUGCCAUAGCACAUCCAAGCGUCUCCAUAAGAAAACAUUGCUUUCCUAUUGGCUUCCAUGUCACGUGACCCAGUUUUAUUUAGGAAGACAGCUACUAGAGGUGGAUUUAACCCUGUAAUGUUAUUGUAGUUUCUAAAAUCUGCAAUGUUUUACAUUGUAGGAUAAAAGAAAAGGACCACUGCACCCAGAGUUUCAUUGAAAUAAGGUGGUCUGGGUGAUUUUUGUGUCCCAUUAAAGAUGAACUCUCACUUUCUGGGAUUUAUAGUAGUAUGUAUAUUUAUCCCGUGUAGUUAAGAAAUAUGGGUUUAUGAGCACUGAAAAUGAAAAAUAAAUAUAUACAUUCACACCUCUGUAUUUAUAUCUAUCCUGCAACUAAGUGCUUCAUCUCAGCUCCUUAUUAUUAUUAUUAUUUUAAUAGUGCCAGCAAAAUCCAUUGCGCUGUACAAUGAGUAUUAAUCAUUGUAGUAAGCCCUGUCACACCUUUUGCAUCCUUCAGUCACGAUUUGCAUCAAAUAUCUUCAGAGAUAUGGAGAUAAUCAAUGGCCAGGACGGAGCCAUUUAAGUGGAGGGGGAGAAGAAUACAGAAAAAUGUUUGUAUUUCUCCUCCUCGUUUGUAAUAUGUGCCUUGACUGUGCCAGGACUGAACGGGAUUGUGAUUAAAAUUGCUAAAUCUUUAAUAUACAUUAAAAAGAAAACUGAGCAUCGCAUGAAGUAACAAUUAAUACCAGUUACAGGUGAGUUUCAGACACUAAAUGGAGUUAUUUAUAGAGAUGUGCUUGUUCUACUUUAGUCAGUUAGAUUCCGGUGAUUUAUCAUUUGUAUAUGGAUGGAGAGGCACAUAGAUCACGCAGUUUAAAACCAGAAUGAUUAUUCUCCUGAUCAUGAUUGAUUCGUUCUGACCAUAUCUUUUUCUGUCUGCAGCCAGAGACUGUAUUCUCCCCAGAACCAACAGAAAUGGCAGGUAAGACUGUAGACCCGGGCACUGCUUCGUUUGUAUGGCUGCUUCUAGUGCAAAUGAGGUCAAAAGCUGUUCUCCAUCCAAAUUAAAUGUGAAGAGGAGUAACGUUGUAGCCCAAGGUGAAGAAUCAUAUAUUUGGAGAAAAAUAUUUGGUUCUUUCAACUUUAGAAACUUUUUUCUUAUUUUGCAUAAAGAUUGGCAAUGUUGGGCCUUGGAUGUUUUUUGUGGGUUUUUUUUGAAGGAAAAAUGUUAAUUUUACUGCAGCUUUUCUUUUUGAACAGAAUGCAGUUGAAGGCAUUGAAGAGCUCGGAAUGUCCUGGCAUUUUAUAAAUAGAGUAUUUUAACAGCUGUGAUAGAAACACCAUUCAGCAAAUAAUUCUAAUUCUGAAAGUUCCUAUUGGUCGGAAAAUAUCUGUCAUUUUCCUUUAGCCAACAGGAGGCAGAGCAAAUUUUAGUCAAAAAAAGUCUAUCUGGAUAAAUAGCUAAAUUUUAUAAUGUUCUCAGUUCAGAAUGUGAGACAUAGAUUUUGCAGUUACCUUGUCAAUACUUCACAAUUCCCUGUUUAGUACAUAAACCCCACAGGGUUCAAAGGAAUGCUCCGUGUACCAUAACUACAACAACCAGCGGUAGUGGUUAUGAUGCCAUAACUGCCCUGCUGCUGUCUCACUGUAACCUGUCACAUAGUUUUAUCAUGGUUUGACACUCACCUGGGGCUGCUUUCAGUCUUCUCAAGCUGUAGAAGCUGGAGGUCAAUAUGCUAAAUAAGAACUCAUUCAUUGUUUCAUUGUUUGAGAGGGCUCAUCAGACGCUCUCAGUUCCUAUUUAUCCAACUUCCACAUCUCAACAUGAGUUGUUGACAGGUAGCAUACAAAAGUUCAGGAUUACCAAAAAGGUGACCAAGCGGCCGUGUAGGCGCUGAACGAGCCGCAUUCAAGCUGGCAGAGAGAUCAAAAGAUCUCCCUGCACAGCCCUUUAAAAAUGUUUCUCUUGUGGUCCAUGGUCUAAUUGCGGCCCCUCAUGGAUCCAGUGCUCACAGAGGGCCACGCUAACCCUGUAACACUCACCCACCCUUCCAACUCACCCUCCCUAACCCUGUCACGCCUACCUCCCCAAAUCCUGUUACUCUCAUGCUCAUCACGCUAUCACACUCACCUCUCUUCACCUUGUCACACUCACCCCGGAGAUUGUCAUCGUCAUACAGUUACCUCCCACACAAGAAACACAGCCUCACCACAAGCAGACUCAAUUCCACACAACAAAAUGCAAGUAACCACCCCACACAUCUACUCUGCGAGACACACAUUCACACACAAGGAUGUUCACACACAUACACAAGUACACAAUGCCAAAGACAGUCCGUCAGAACUGCACACACACUCUAAAGCGCAAACAUGUACACAAUGCCAGAGACACAGACACACUCAGUCAGAAAUGCAUAAACACACACUCUCAGGCACAGGGCUGGCGCGUCCACAAGGUAGCACAGGCUUAGGGCGCGCUGGCCAGGGGGGCGCCAGAUUAGAGCGACCGGAAAGAGGGAAGCGCACAAUGCUUCCUCCUACCUUUCACUCAGUGUAGCGUGGUCGAGUGGAGCAGGCCGCGGUACAGGAGCUUCUGUUUCCUGUACCCGGCUGGACUGACAGGAAGUGCUCACUGAGAGCGUGCAUCCCGUCAGUCUGGCCGGGUACAGGAAUCAGUAGCUCAUGUAUCGCGGUCCCCCCCACCCGGCCAUGCUACAACAAAUGAUGAAUCACACUCCUAGAGAUACCUAAAAGAAAAUAACAUACAACACAAUAUAGUAUAAUAUUGUCAGCAGAUGAAUAUCCAAGUGAAUAUAGUAGAAAUCAGGUACUCACAAACCGAGAGCCAGACAUAUACAUGUGGCUCUCAUGGGAACAGCACUGGGACCAUUAAUUAGGAUGUCCCUUUCCUUCUUGAGAACUUCUGGUGGCGAAUGCAAUGAAAGAAAAAUCACUGUAAACACUUACUACUAAAGUAAAGUGUUUAUUAAUCCAAAGGAUGAAACAGGGCUUGGAGAAAAAAGAAGUUAACUCCAAUAAAAUACAUAAAAAUAACAAUAUAAUAAAAAGAGUCCAAUACUGGAGUCUCUGCAAAUCCGAAACGUGUUUUGCCCCGUACCGUACCUCAGUCGGUAAUACUUGUCUUCUUCCUUGGCUUCCUUUUAUGUGUAUGGGAUGUCUUCCGUCUGUGGAACGCAUAUUCCGAGGUGGAACGCACUUCCGGCACUAUCGCGCGUCAUUUCCGGGUUGUGACGUCUUGGUGGGGACGCUGGCCUAACUUCCGACAUAAUGGCGUCUGAAACACGCUGACGUGACAUCAGUCCGGUUGGAACGCACGACGCGUGACGUGUGCGUUCCACCUCGGGGCAUGUAAAAGAAGAAAGUCUCCAUAUGCAUAUAAACAUCAUAAUUAAAGUGCACUGUAACCACAUAUUUGAUAAAAAAAAGUGCAUAAGUAACGGUAAUAUAACAGUGCUUUUGCGUGACCACUAAUAAUCAAUAAAAAAGUGCUAUGUGCUAUAUUCUUAAAGUGCUAUUAUUUGUGCCCAUAUAGUAUCACAUUUUUUUAAAGAGAGAGUGCUUCUAUGAAAUUCAGCAUUAUUCAAUAUUGGCUUGCUUCUAUUUCUCAAAGAAAAGACAAUUUGAUAAUAAUUGAAGAACACUAGUGUAAAAGAAAUAAAUGAAAAAUAAAACUAUUUAUUUGGUCGGAAUUCUGACUCUGUCAAGGCUUAGCUUUAGAAAAGAAAUUACUUUUCUUCAUUAAUUUCUAAAAAAUACUUCUAAAAAAUACAUAUCUAUAAAAUCUUAAAAGUCUCAAAUGAACCACUCUUCAUCAAUAAAAAUCCUAAAAAAAAAUGACAUGUUUCAAAGUCAGAAUUUAGACCAUAUGGAAUAAGUGUAUUAAAAUUAAAUAUAAAUUUCAUUUCUUCCAACCCUUUUUUUUUUAAUAAAAUCUCCUCCUCUCCAGUCGUGUUUAACUAACUAUUUUAAGAGGACAAAAAAACAAAUUGUCCGGAUUUUAAACGUGAUGAGUUUUAAAGUGGUUGGAGAUGCUAUGGGUUUCCAAACCUUUUUUUAUAUUGCGUAUAUGUUCAGAGAUUCUGAUGUGGAGGCAUCUGAUGGUCCUACCAACGUAGAAUAAAUUACAAGGGCAUUUUAAUAUAUAAAUAACACCUUUUGAGAAGCAAGUUAAUUUGUCUCUAAAAGAAAAAUCCUUAUUAAUGAAUUCUCAAAGGUUAGUCAGGUGUCUUUUCUUACUAUUAGUGGAUUUACAUGCCUGACAACUGCCACAACCAUAAUAGCCGUUUUCAAGAUUAAAUAAAUUAUUUAUUUUUGUUGGACUUUCACUACUUUUCACAAGAAUUUUUUUCAGAUUUUUUGCCCCUCUAUAUAUAAUUUGGGAUCGAGUCGGAAGAAUAUUUCUUAAGACUGGAUCGUUCUGUAAUACGUGCCAGUACUUUUUUAUAAUUUUAUUGAUUUUUUUACUGUUCCCGUUAUAGUUACAUCUUAACGGUACUUUAUUAUCUGGUUUUAGUAAGGUUUUUUUAGAUCAUUCCAACCGGACUGAUGUCACGUCAGCGUGUUUCGGACGCCAUUACGCCGGAAGUUAGGCCAGCGUCCCCACCAAGACGUCACAACCCGGAAAUGAGGCGCGAUAGUGCCGGAAGUGCGUUCCACCUCGGAAUAUGCGUUCCACAGACGGAAGACAUCCCAUACACAUAAAAGGACGCCAAGGAAGAAGACAAGUAUUACCGACUGAGGAAGCCCCUGGUACGGGGCGAAACGCGUUUCGGAUUUGCAAGCCCUGUUUCAUCCUUUGGAUUAAUAAACACUUUACUUUAGUAGUAAGUGUUUACAGUGAUUUUUCUUUCAUUGCAUUCGCCACCAGAAGUUCUCAAGAAGGAAAGGGACAUCCUAAUUAAUGGUCCCAGUGCUGUUCCCAUGAGAGCCACAUGUAUAUGUCUGGCUCUCAGUUUGUGAGUACCUGAUUUCUACUAUAUUCACUUGGAUAUUCAUCUACCGACAAUAUUACACUAUAUUGUGUUCUAUGUUAUUUUCUUUUAGGUAUCUCUAGGAGUGUGAUUCACCUAUUGUAGGUAUUUUUCUUGUGUUUAUAUUUGAGUGGUGUAAGGGGUUUUCCACUCAGGUGACAGAUCACACUUAUAUUGUCUUCACUGUAUAUACUGUACCCCAUUCAUUACAUGCUACAACAAAGGUAAUGAGGAAUGCGAGGGAGAGAGGAACACUAAGGGGCGGGAGGACACUAACAGACGGGAGGGAAGGGAAAAGGAACACUAAAGGGGAGGAGGUGGACCACUAAAAGAGAGGGGGUAGAUGGAACCUGAAGGGAGGGGAGAGGAACACUAAGGGACAGGGUGGGGGGAGAACACUAAGGGACAGGGAAGGGAGGGAGAGAAACACUAAGGGACAUGGAGGGAGGGAGGAGGAGGGAGAGGAAUACUAAGGGACAUGGAGGGAGGGAGAGGAACACUAAGGGACAUGGAGGGGAGGGGAGUGGAGCACUAAGGGACAGAAGAGUACCACUAAGGGGGUGGUGGAGAAACACUAAGGAGGAGGGGAGUUGAAACCUAAAGGGACAGGGAAGGGAGGGGAGAGGAACACUAAGGGACAUGGAGGGGAAGGAAGAGGAACACUAAUGAACAGGGAAGAGGACCACUAAGGGAUGAGUGGGGGGAGGAACACUAAAGAACAGGGGAGGGAGGGGAAAUGAACACUAAGGGACAAGGGAGGGGAGAUGAAAACUAAGAGACAAGGGAGAGAGAGGAACCAUAAGGGACAUGGAGGGGAGGGGAGAGGAACACCAAGGGACAGGAAAGGGAGGGGAGAGGAACACUAUGGGACAUGGAGGGGAGGGGAGUAGAACACUAAGGGACAGAAGAGUACCACUAAGGGGGUGGAGGAGAAACACCAAGGAGAAGGGGAGAUGAAACCUGAAGGGAAGGGAGAGGAACAUUAAGGGACAGGGAAGAGGAUCACUAAGGGAUGGGUGGGGGGAGGAACACUAAAGAACAGGGGAGGGAGGGGAAAUGAACACUAAGGGACAAGGGAGAGAGAGGAACCAUAACGGACAUGGAGGGGAGGGGAGAGGAACACUAAGUGACAUGGAGGGGAAGGGAGAGGAACACUAAGGGACAGGAAGACUAGGGGAGAAGAACACAAAGGGACAGGGAGGGGAUAUAUUUAGGGGAGAGGAGAGUGGGACACUGGGGGGCUGAGUGGGGAGAAAGAAACACAGAUGUACAUGAGGGGGUAGAAAGACACACAGAAGGGCCUGGGGGUGUAAAAACAAAGGGGCUGGGAGUGAAAGAAACACUGAGGGGCUGGGGGGAGACAGAUGGGCUGGGGGUGAAAGAGAAGCACACAAAAGAGCUGGGAAGAGUAAAAGACACAAAGGGGCUGGGAGAAGAGGAUACACAUAAAGGGACUGGGGGGAGUAAGAAACACAAAGGAGGGUUGGAAGAGAUGCCCUAUUUUUCCCCAUUGUGUGUCUUACACCUCCCUUGUGUAUAAGAUACGCUAAAGGGGGUAAGACAUUUAAAGAAGGGGAUAAUACACAAAAGGGGGGUUAAGAGGCACAUGGGUAAAGAUGCUUUUUUUUAGGGGUGGGGGGAGGGUGGGGGGCACCAAAAUCAUCUUCGCCUGUGUACCCAAAAAUCCUUGCACCGGCCCUGCUCAGGCACAUACAGAUACACAAUGCUAGGCACACAAACACACUCAGCCCCCCAAUACAACUAUGAGCCUUCUUCAUGCACACUGACACCAGUCAAAGAAACAGAGCCCAGGGCUCUUGGAGGGGGCCACAAUCUGACAUCACUGUCUAGCGCCCUAUUCAACAUUAAACCGGCUCUGGCUGUCCAGCUUUUGUAUUAUAUUUCCCAUUAUACUUUGCCAGUGUUUUUGAGCUAUAGUCCCUCUGCAGCUAUAUGGUACCCGAUGGUAUCCCUUAGUGCGAAGUAUCACCAGACAAAUAAAAUUCUGAAAAAUCACUUUCCAUCUGCAUCCUUCUAGGAACAAAAACCUCAAUACUAGCUUACACUAUCACUGGCUUUGCACCCUGUGAUUUACAUUUAGUGUUUAGUUUGUUUUAAACAGGCUUGCAGCGUGGAAUUGCAGCCUCCAGACGAAGGGCACAGUCAGCUUGAACACCUAGAGGCGGCCCUACCAUUCCACAGCCCUGCUUAAUGCAAACAAGUCAAACUUAAUUUAACAAGGGUGCCCAAAGCAAACAUGGGUCCAUUCAUUAACAUCGAAAUGCAGUGAGCUGAACACUACAGAGCAAAAUUAAGGCUAACAAACCCCCCACCAACCUGUUACUAAAGGCAAUCUGAAGGAUUUUUCCAAAUAAACUAUUUAAGCCUGUAUUUUCUAACUCCGUUUUCUGUUCUCUACCAUUUAGUGUUAAAUCCCUCAGUGCAUUUUGAGAAUUUAUUUUAAGAGUUAGCUCAAGUAACAGCAGAGAGACCGCAUCUCCUCCCUAAAACCAAGCAAGCCCUAUUUAUAGAUAAGCUUUGGUUAAAUAGAACCGUAUGCAGCAAAUUGGCUCAUCUCCACUCUGCAGCUCCUGACAUAUGAUUCCUUUAAGUCUGCAUGUGGCUAAAAGCAAGAUGGGUAACCCUUGGCAUUCUUGCUGUCAUUGAACUGCAUUACCCAGUAUCCCCAGCAAGCAGUUUGCAUUGGCUGAGGGUCACACAAAAUGGAGUCCACAAGUCCUAGAGUGUCCACUAUGGCCAGAAAUCUCUUAUAUCACUAGUUAUUAAUCCAUCGUAUGCUUAACCCCUUAAGGACCAAACUUCUGGAAUAAAAGGGAAUCAUGACAUGUCAUGUGUCCUUAAGGGGUUAAAGUGUAUGCAGGAGCACAUGUUUUAAAUGAGAAUUGUUUUUUAAGGAUCCAACAGGUUCAGUAGCGCUGUACAAUACAAUGAGCCCAUAAACAAGCAGUCAUACAUUGAGGCUUAGAGCAUGAAGUAGAGGUGGCCAAAAGUUUUAUCUAUACUCUUACUAGUACUACAACUCCCAUGAGGCUUUGCCACCUCUGUCCCGAAGGAUCAGUUUUUAUUUAUUUUAUUUUAAAUAUUUGUCUCUGACAAGUUAUAGUACCAGAGACACAAGAAUAACUUUAUUCUGGCAUUCAUUUAAAUGUCAGGGAAAGUGUUGACAGUAGAGCAGUACAAACAGUUUGUGUUGUGAGAGUUGUGACUGGUUGCACUGCCUGCUGCAAUGAUUGUUUACUGCCCAGCGCCCUGGGUUACUGUGCAGCCAUUAUGAAGUAGUAGCAGAUGUUUCCAAGGCAAUGGGCUGAGCACAACUGACCAGAUGAAAAGGGGAAGAGCCAGGAGCAGACAGAGGGAACAGCAGAGCGACAAAAAACUUUUCUUUUUCUUUUAAAGGAGGUUACAAAACUCAAUUUUUUCAGUGUUUGAAGAGAGGGCUAAGCAAGACAGGGUAGUGUCUAAGCCUGGCACAAGAGAUAUCUAAUUGGAGGGUUUGGUAGAGAGAGUGCCACUGAUAACAGCAUUGCUAGAGCGCACAGAACUGAUCCGAGACUUCACUAAGAGUGACAGACAUGGGAUGCGCAAACGCUAAGUGCUUAGCAUGCGGCGGUCGCAGCCAGAAGUCGGCAGAGCUAGGUAACUAACCUCUGGAAAUAGCCAGCAUUUAAAGGACGCACGGACAGGGUUUAGGCCACCCCAGCACUUAAAGAGUUAUUCCCUAAAGUUAGAAUUGCUGAGAAUUUAACGUGAAUUUCACAUUUUGGAUCCAAGUUAAAAACAAAGUCUCUGAACCCCACCGUGUUUCCACUUUGACAGUAGUAGCCCCAAAAUUUUUAAUUAACUUUGAAUUCCUGACAAUUCCUGCUUUAGUUCAGUAAUCCCGUUGUUGUUAUCCUCAUGUGUUGUAGAUCCCUAGAUAUGUAAAUAUUGGCAGGAUAUACUGUGUUGGCAAUGGCCUUGUGUGGGGUGUAUAGUUCUGCACUUUGCAGGAUAUAGUUUACUUAUCAAGAGAGUGGUACGCCUGUGUGUUCCCAUUGUACAGCGCUACGGAAUCUGAUGGAGCUAUAUAAAUAAUAAAAUAAUAAUAUGUAUGUUCUGGAUGUGGGAUUUAGGAGCUUUGUAAAACUAGUAACAUCAGAUUUUGACUAUAUGGUCCGGUGUGACAAUAUAUACAUUUUGGGGUUCUGUUGAUAUGGGUAUAUUAGUAAACUGCGGCAAUACUGGGUGUCAGUGUUGUGGAAAUGGCAUUUUGGGCCCCUGAUGAUAUGCAAUAUUGGUGUUCUAGGUAUAUGUAUUGGGUUUUCGAUGUUCUGGUGAAUACACGUUUGAUGUUUUUUGGUGAUUAUGGUGAUUUUUUGCAGUCACAGUUAACAUUCUGUACAAUGUAAUAUUGUUUUGUCUCAAUUACCAAUCAAUUUAUUUUUACCCACUGCAGUAUUGCAGUAAAAGUACCAUAUAUACUCGAGUAUAAGAUGAGUUUUUCUGCACAUUUUUUGUGCUAAAAACCCCCCACUCUUAUACUCGAGUCACUGUCUGUAUUAUGGCAACUUACAUUGCCAUAAUACAGACCUGGACCGCUGGGCUCAUUACAAGCCCAGCGGUCCUGUUGGGGGCUGGCAGCUCCCUUCUCUCUCCUCCGGUCCGGUCAGCUCCCCUGUCAGCUCCCACUGUAAGUCUCGCAAGAACCGCGGGGUCAGAGCGUUGCCACGGGUUACCGUGACAAAAGCUCCGCACGGCACACAGACCGCAAGACUUACAGGGGAGCUGACCUUACCGGAGGAGAGAGAAGGGAGCUGACAGGAGCUGCAGGAAAGGUAAGUUAUAGCUCUCUGCCAGCCCCCCUCCUACACAGCCCAUGCCACUGGACCACCAGGGAAUGAGAGCCCCCCUCCCUGGCCAGCUAACAAGCAGGGAGGGGGGACGAAAAAAUCUAAAUAAAUAAAAAUUUUAAUAAUAAUAAAAUAAAAUAUUAAUAAUAUUAAAAAAAAAAAAUAUUAAAACAAUAAUAAUAAUUUUAAAAAAUGUAAUAAAAAUGCCCACCCCCCACCAAGGCUCUGCAUCACACAAACACACUCUGCAUCACACACACACACUGCAUUCAUACACACACACUGCACUCAUACACACACACACACACUGCACUCAUACACACACACACACUGCAUUCAUACACACACACACUGCAUUCAUACACACACACACUGCACUCAUACACACACACACACACCGCAUUCAUACAAACACACUGCAUUAUAUAUACACACACACUGGAUUCAUACACACACACACUGCAUUCAUACACACACUGCAUUCAUACACGCACUGCAUUAAUACACACACACUGCACUCAUACACACACACUGCACUCAUACACACACACACCACAUUCAUACAAACACACUGCAUUAUAUACACACACACUGCAUUCAUUAUAUACACACACUGUAAAUAAAUAUUCAAUUAAUAUAAUUUUUGGGGGAUAUAAUUUUAUUUAGAAAUUUACCAGUAGCUGCUGCAUUUCCCACCAUAGUCUUAUACUCAAGUCAAUAAGUUUUCCCAGUUUUGGGGGGUAAAAUUAGGGGUCUCGACUUAUAUUCGGGUCGACUUAUACUCGAGUAUAUACGGUAAAUAGAUUUUAUACAGAGCUUCAUGGAUGGCUAUAUUCCAACCAAUUACAAUAUUGUAUACAAUUACCGUAUAAAACAGCCAGCGGCAUCUGAAGGGUUUUGAAAAGGGCAAUUAGCAGAAUAAUGACAGGGCCUUGGAAUACUUCUGUGUAAUUAUGACUUCUGAUGUACGUGCAGAUUGACUGGUACACAACACUUUUAUAAUCUGGAAUUCCCCUGUUUUUUAUUCCGAUUUUGUUGCAGUUGACGAGAUUAAGAGCUAUUUUUUUUUUUUUUUUAAAUGUUUUUGUAUUAAGUUAUCAUUCAUUGAGUAACAUACAUCUACAUAUAGAGUUGUAUAUAUCUAAAAGGGCAAACUAUUUCUGGUUGUGGUUGUUAUUUUUUUAAUAAUUGCAUAUGUAUUUGAGAUUUGCUGUGCAGAGGGCUAUAUUAGGAGAUCCCAUUGGGCCUGGUACUGACAAUUAUGAUGGGCCCAAUUACAAAAUCUUAUCGACAGAAAACACAAAAAUGUAUACCUCCCAGGCGUCAUGUAUCUGGUGGAGGUGGUGCUGGAGGAAAACUCACAGGAUAUAGCUAUACGAAAACGCAUACGCUAUGAAAAUCUCUCGCUUUUAUCUUUCACAUAAAUCCAUAUCCCCUAUCAGCAGGUCCGGUAGAGCAGCAUGUCGGUGGGCGGGGUAAAAGAGUAGGCCACUGACGCGAGUCCCAUAACCAGAACCGCCCCAAAGGGGCAAACAUGCCCAAAAAAGCCAUGAUCUAGUGAUGCGCUUCCUCCAUUCUUUCUAAGGACUGUCCCCUAGCACUCACUUGUCCACUCCUCUCCUAACCUUCUUACUAGCAGGCAGAAGCUCCUGUUAUACAGUCUGGGACAGUGAAAAGGUGGAUGUAGUGAGUGAAGAAGAAAAUGAACAUGCCUCAGUGUUAGAGACCGAAGCAGUAGGAGCAUUUGCAUAGUGUGUAAAGUCAUCUUUAUCUUAAAGGACCACUCUAGGCACCCAGACCACUUUAGCUUAAUGAAGUGGUUUGGGUGCCAGGUCCAGCUAGGGUUAACCCAUUUUUUUUAUAAACAUAGCAGUUUCAGAGAAACUGCUAUGUUUAUUAAUGGGUUAAGCCUUCCCCCAAAGCCUCUAGUGGCUGUCUCAUUGACAGCCGCUAGAGGCGCUUGCGUGAUUCUCACUGUGAAAAUCACAGUGAGAGCACGCAAGCGUCCAUAGGAAAGCAUUGAUUAUGCUUUCCUAUGCGACCUGUAAAGGAAAGAAGGUAUUAGGUCGCGCCAGAAAGUAAGUGUAACAAAAUAAAACAGAUAAUACAACCGUAGAUAAAAGCUAAAAUAUCUUCAUAUAAAACAAAUAAAACAUAUAUAUAUAUAUAUAUAUAUAUAUAUAUAUAUAUAUAAAAUGUGGAAAGUACUUACAUAUAGCAGUACAUACAGAGAGAAAAAGAUAAACAAUCCUAAAAUAAGCAAGGAAUGGUCACAUCCACUUGAGGGAAGGAAAUAGUCCAAAUGGAAUUGGAGAAUGAGUGUAGCGUCUUGUUCCAGAUACCAAUAUGCAAAAGAGAACAUGAGAAAAGAUCCAAUAGUGUAGACUGUAUCUUCCGCUUCUUUGUGAGGAUUCAAAGAAGCGGAAGAUACAGUCUACACUAUUGGAUCUUUUCUCAUGUUCUCUUUUGCAUAUUGGUAUCUGGAACAAGACGCUACACUCAUUCUCCAAUUCCAUUUGGACUAUUUCCUUCCCUCAAGUGGAUGUGACCAUUCCUUGCUUAUUUUAGGAUUGUUUAUCUUUUUCUCUCUGUAUGUACUGCUAUAUGUAAGUACUUUCCACAUUUUAUAUAUAUAUAUAUAUAUAUAUAUAUAUGUUUUAUUUGUUUUAUAUGAAGAUAUUUUAGCUUUUAUCUACGGUUGUAUUAUCUGUUUUAUUUUGUUACACUUACUUUCUGGCGCAACCUAAUACCUUCUUUCCUUUAGAUUUCCCACUUCUUUGACGUACUGUGAGGGAACGUCUUUAUUUUAGGUUGCUGCCUAUAUUCAUACUUUACACUAUUCCAUUGAGACACUAAGCGCUGAACCCACUACCAUUUACACUUUCCUAUGCGACCGGCUGAAUGCGCGCGCAGCUCUUGCCGCGCGUGCGUAUUCAGCCGAUGGAGAGGAGGAGGAUCGGAGGAGGAGAGCUCCCCGCACAGCGCUGGAAAAAAGGUAAGUUUUACCCCUUUUCCCCUUUCCAGAGCCGGGCGGGAGGGGGUCCCUGAGGGUGGGGGCACCCUCAGGGCACUAUAGUGCCAGGAAAACGAGUAUGUUUUCCUGGCACUAUAGUGGUCCUUUAACUAAUUUCAUUGUCAGCCAGUCCACACAAGGUUUGUUCCCCUACAGCCCCUACAUCAAAAAACAAAAAGAAAAACACUUUUUUUUUUUUAUAAACAAUGGGCCCUUUCCAUGGACAUGGUCCUCUAGCUGCAGCUCUAUCAGCCCCUAUGUUAAUCCAGCCAUUUCUGUGCAAGGUUUAUGUCAGACGUUUACUGAAUAUGCUGUCUAUAGUUUGUGCACGAUUAUUACUUAUUAUUUUAUUUUCGUGUUGAUUUUUUGUGGAUUAGAGCUAUAUGUUAAUAUGUCACUGUGUGUCCGUAUACAUGUUAUUACCUUGUUAGAAGUUACGUUCAUCCGCUAUUAUGAACAAUGUAAUAAUCUGUGUGUUCGUAUCACUUGUCUGUGAUUUCUAUUAAUUUUAUUAUGUUGUUUUUGUUUCUUCCUCAGAAAAACUAAAGAACAGCAAAAUCAUAUUCGUUGUCGGUGAGUAUUUCAUUAGUAAAAUCCGUCACUGCAAACUGGCACCUUUAAAAGGGGAAAUGUUGUUGCGGAGCCAGACUGGACACAUGGAUUUAUCUAAACGUUUGAAAUCAAAUUUUGGAGACAUAUGUCACAUAUAGCCAUAUUCCUGUUCGUGAGGACGAUCCCAUAUAUAGGGAAUAAACCAUAUAGACGGAAUCGUAUGAUCAGUAAAUAGAAUUAAUCCUCGCUGAUUUAUGUUUUCCUUCCUGAAUAUAUGCUUGACGUUUACAUCAGUCUUUCUUAUUACUUUGUACUUCGUUAUUGCUUGUAGGAGGACCGGGUUCAGGCAAAGGGACACAGUGUGAAAGGAUUGUAACUAAAUAUGGUUAUACCCAUCUGUCUACCGGUGACCUACUCAGGGCUGAGGUUUCCUCUGGCACAGAAAGAGGGAAGACCUUAUCUGCCAUCAUGGAGAAAGGAGAGCUGGUACCACUCGUAAGUCAUUUAAGGGUCUUAAGCUACUCAUUUUUCCUUGAAACUACAGGGCUUCAUAAAGCAAAUCUGUAACAAACAUAUCUCAUGUAUGUUAACAUACAAUAGAAAUUAAAUUCAAUGGUUCUGGUUCAAAACAUUACUGCCCUUUUGAAAGUCAGCUUAGUUCAUAUAUUGUAGUUUUUGGGAGUUGUCUGUUUCUCAAUAACUGAUCAUCUGUUUUAUUUACGGAUUUUACAAACACCGACCUAUGGCGUCCAGAGACCUUGCCACAUAAAGGCUACAAACUAAAAAAAAAAAACGAAAAUUAAACAAUUACCCAAUUUGUCUGCUAAAGUGUUUGUUGUACUGCAGUGAGCAAAAAUGUGAAGAUGUUUGUUCCGUCCACAGGACACAGUGCUGGACAUGUUACGAGACGCCAUGAUUGCAAAAGCCGACGAGUCAAAAGGAUUUCUUAUCGAUGGGUAUCCUCGUGAGGUCAAACAAGGAGUAGAAUUUGAGAAGAAAGUGAGUAACGUGCAGUUUGACAACUUUUUCCUUGAGACUUCCUGUUCUCAUGAUUAUUAGAAAUGUUUGUAUAUUUGUGGUCGAAUAGUGUGACCUUACUUCUAGAUGUAAGAAGUGGAUAUCCUUUAUUAGUGUAAACGACAGCUCUAGAUGUGCUUUUUCUAAUAUUUUACACUUAUCUUACUGGAAGUAAAAUGGAUUUAAAGUGGAACACUUUGAUCAGUCUGUGGACCACAUCUGCCCUGAUGCUUUCCCAGCAUCAUGGGAGAUGUAGUUUACAACAUCUGGAGUGCCGGAUGUUGCCAUUGACAAUGACAUCCAACCAGGGUUUCUCUGGGAAAUUAGUUUUCAUAGUUCUACUUGUCUUGAUAUCUACUCACCUUCUUUGUCAAGAUUGUAUUAUUGCUAAUUAUAGGAACCUAUUCACAAAAUGAAUUACUCAGUGGUAUGCAAUAUAUUAUGCAUUUAAAGGUGUAAAAGGUCACAGCAUACCAUAACCAUUAAUUUGUACAACUUAUUACCAUGUACUAAACUCUAAAGGAACAUAAAGGGAAUUAUUUAGGAUUACAAGUUGCUUUGCUGGUUGCUCAUAUUCAUUGCUGGCUUUAAAUAUGAUUGACUGUCUGAAUUUCAUGUAAGCUAUACUUAAAGUAUGACUAUUGAUUUGGAAAGUAACUAUAUUUUGUAAACAAUCUUUCUGUAGAUUGGUGCCCCAUCACUGCUGCUCUACAUCGAUGCUGGCGCAGACACAAUGGUUAAACGGUUAAUGAAACGCGGUGAGACCAGCGGCCGGGCAGACGACAAUGAGGAGACUAUCAAAAAGAGGCUAGAGACCUAUUAUAAAGCCACAGAACCCGUCAUCGCCAUGUAUGAAGGAAGAGGCAUUGUACGAAAGGUAUUUAUCCCAAGGCUAGACAAUACAGUGGAAUUCAUAUUAUAUCUCUAUAGUAAUACAUUAUUUCAGUAAAUGCGGUUGACUACACCAAUGUUCUUCACACCUGUAUGUGGGUCUCAUCAACAGGCCAAAAUUUAAUGGCAUAUCUCAAGGGUAGGCAACCUUCUCCACUCCAGAUGUUGUGGACUACAGCUUCCUUAAUGCUUUUAUAGACCUAAUGCCGACAAAACAUCGGGGGGGUUUAGUCCACAACAUCUGGAGUGCUGAAGGUUGUCUAUCCCUGGCAUAUAUGCUGCAGUGAGCAGUUAGCCGGUGGCAUGUUAAUUUUGUUGUUUUUUUUACACCUAUGCAAAGGUAUGGCCUUUUGGUGUACAUCCAUCCAGGUGGCCACUGGUAGAAUGAUGGGAUAACAACCUUUGGCUCGGGUCUCUCUUCUAUGCAGAGACCUGAAAAAUGGUGCAGUUAUAGAGUUGUAUGCUUUGUUGUGUUGCAUGUAUUUUUCCUCUUUAAUGCAGCGAUUGUAUUGACUGAGGAUUUCACCGUACAAUGUAAAAUACCAGUGGCCCUACUCACAGCCCCCUUGGAACUUCGUAAAGAUACAUCUGUGUUAUCUCAAUUUCUGCUAGACCUCCGUACUGAGGAAGAUGUGGAAAGGAGAGGUAGUAAAACAAACAAGUAGUGGGUCACCCAAAAAUGUUUUUUAUAUUAAUGAUGGAUCCCCUUCAUCAUAUUUCCCAAAGGCUUAGCGACAACAUGUUCAUAUUUAGCAAUAGUCCCCCUCAGUCAGUCUGAAACAUUGCUUCGAAAGACUAACAGUGUAGUCUAUCCUUGGACCACUAGGUGUCAGUGAUAUAUCAGAAAUAGGUUAAGGUUAGCAAGAGUGUAUUGCUAAAUGGAAAUGUAAAGAUUUGGCAAGUUUAAUGCAUUGGGGGCUCAGCUUGCUAGUUAUUUAACUUAUCUUUUAUCUUUGGCAAUUAAAAGGGGUUAAUAAACGUGUCUAGGUCUUUCGGACCCCCACAACAAAUUUUCCCACAAUAGGAAAAUAGGAAAGCUUCAACACAGGCACUUCUCUCUUAAAAAGGGGGUGCAGAACACACAAUAUGUCUGAUACGGUUAAGAUAUAGAACUGAUUAGAACUCCUUGGAGGCAAAAAUAACAGUACACAUUGAGUGACUUUAUUAACUGAACAAGCUAUUGAAGACAAUUGACGAGGAACAGUUUUCGGGUGGUUUUUCUUCGUGACAUAUAGUAAAUUAACCAUGAUACCACUUAAUAAGGCCUGUCUGAAUAAUGAUAGAGAUUUGCUGAAAUUAAGCCAGACAUUUUGGAGACAUAACUAGGUUUGUGCACAAAUCAAUUCCAUCAGCACUGAACAAUGCAAAUGCCUGUUAAUACAUCAUACUUCCCAAGUGGCCCUAUUUUGGGCUCAAAUUCCUAUGUCUCUCUUUUCAAUCCCAAUGUACCUCUUUUGUAGGAGAUCCAUGUUGUUGGUGUGAAUGAGUGUAGUGUAUACCAAAGCACCACAGCAAUAAAACUGUGUCUUUAAACUAAAAUAAAUGUGUCUUUAAACUAAAAUAAAUGGGUUUAGAAAUCCGUCUGUUCAAAUAAGAUACAUUGUUUUUGUGCUAAAUUACAUUUUAGUUGCAUAAAUUGUUAUUAGCAAGUCAUUUAAAAUUUCUCAGAACAGUUCCGUCCCUGGUCCCCUCUACGCUCCCACCCCUGAAAUGAAAGCAUCCAGUUAAAAUUUGGGGAGGUAUGUUACAUGGACAAACAAAUCUUUGUUAAUCAAAUCGAAAUGCUUUAAUUUGGUGGUCCAUAGAUUGACAGGCAUUUGAUUAUUCCAGGACAGCUGAUAGGGAUUUGAGCACAAGUCUAGAACUCACUAAAGAAAUGCUCGUUAGACAAAAACAGUUAAAGACCUACAUUCUCAAUUUAGUGGAUAGCCCUAAAUGUGUUUUUUUUUUUUUUUUAUUAAUUUUUUCAUAUUUUUUUGACAAAAUCAAUCUAUUUAAAGGAUCACUAUAGUAUCAGGGAAAACUCGUUUUCCUGACUCUAUACAACCCUUAGGUACCCCCCACCCUCAGGGCCCCCCUCCCUUGGCGCUGAAAUGGUUAAAACCCCUUCAGUUACUUACUUUAAUCCAGCACUGGGCUCCCUCAGCGCUGGUGACCUCUGCUCCCACUCCGACAGUCCAUAGGAAAGCAUUUUUCAACGCUUUCCUAUGAACGUUCUGCACGCUGAAUGCGAUUUUCACAUCCAGCGUCGCAGAAGCACGUCUAGUGGCUGUCAGGAAGACAGCCACUAGAGGCUGGAUUAACCCUGCAAUGUAAACAUAGCAGUUUCUCUAAACAUAGCAGUUUCUCUGAAACUGCUAUGUUUACAUCUGAAGGGUUAAAACCUGGGGGACGUGGCACCCAGACCACUUUAUUGAGCUGAAGUGGUCUUGGUGACUAUAGUGUCCUUUUAUAUUCCAAAUAACUGUUAUAGCAGAUAAUAGCUCAAAUCAGCAAGGUACACAUAAGACAUGUUCCCUCUAAGCAGAUUUUUGCUAGUGGCUUAGUAAAGUAACGGUUAAGAAUGGAAUUUGUAUGACAACCACAUCUUUCAGUUUGCAUUGAAAGUGCUGGGGUUGUGGUUGUUAUAAAUAUCCCAUUCAGAACUAUUUCAGUGUUGGAACACUCAUAAAGUGAACAAUGCAUACAAAAUCAGCAUUAUAUCUAAAGUUAGGAGCAGGAGAAUGUCUCAGUUGGGUGUAUAUAUAACAACAUUGAAGGAAAACAAAAGAAAGUGUGAUUAGAAGUGUGUAGGGUUACAUAACCCAUGUUUACUAUAGACACACUUUUAAACCUUAUAUUAAGAGAUAUCGGACAGCUGACCGCCGAAGGUUAAAUAGAAAUGUGUCACAUAAAAAAGACAGGGAACUAAACUUAGGUGCACUAACACAUUUUACAUUGUAUUCUUGUGAUUAUGUUUUGGUGGAAUUCCAGUGAGUUUGUUCUAAUACAAUACAUAUUGAUUUCAGUGGGUAGUUAUCUUGUUUGUCAUAGACAAGUCAACGUUAACUUUAAUGGCAAGUGAAACCCGAAAACGUGUUAUUUGGUGUGUUUUGAAGUUCACCCAAGAUGACAAAAGUAUCGAAAAAUGAAUAAAAUCAAUCAUACUUUAUUUUUAUAUUUAACCUUAAAGGAAGCAUCUUACUAACUCGUGUGAGGUAGCUAGACUGGACUAAAAUAUUGUCACUUAAUUAACAUCAACAAUAAAGAAGAAAAAUUUAGGGGAAAUUAAAAAAACCUAACAAAAAACAAAUGUACCUUGAAUUUCACCCUGAAACUGGUGGCUGUCUGAACAUCUGAGUGUUACAGAAUUCCAAAUCUGGACAGUAGUAAAUGAGAAGGUGUUAUCAUCCAGAGUAAUUUGGAUAAAUGUAGGCCCAUGGAGGGGUGCUGACGAUGGUAUCUGGUAGGAGAGUCACUGAUACGAUAAUCACAAUCAAAACCUCACUGGAAGCCAAUGCAAUGUGUAGAGUGAUGGUGUGUAUCCAUAGACUGUCUUAGGGGGAAUCUUUGGGGGCUAAAGCCCUGGAUGGGAAUCCUUACAGCUGGUGGAGUGGAGAGGCAAAUGAGUAUUAGAGUUUUUUUAUUUUUCAUUAUAAAUCAGGAAGCUACUAUGUAUUAUACAACGGAAGAUUAGAAGUAUAGGGGGUGUGGGUGAUGCCCUCCAGGUGACUGUAAGGAAGCAGUGAUAGGGUACAGAACGUUAAUGCAUAUCACUCUAUUAGUUAGGUACCGUGGCCAUGCUUUCAUUGUGAUCUCAGAGAGCCUCAGCAGCACACUAUUCAUUGUUAGAGAGGAGGGGACAUAAACAACAAAGGUGCAGAUAAGUCAUGACAUAUCUUUCGCUAUCAGGGCAGUGGGUCAUCAAGUUAUCCUUCAAGUUUAAGUUCUGGGUUUUUCUGGAAUCUCGUACCCCCCUCAGUGUAACUGUAUCAUGCGGAGACUGCCUGGGCAACAUAGAUGCUCCACCUGAAACAGUUUAUUCACAUCUACAAAGGUAGUGCUGUAUAACCAACUUUUAGGUUUAGUGAGCUGAAUUUACCAGUGAUUGCAGGUCUGGUCAUGACAAAAAUGUGCAGUCCUCAUUGCAACAAUGUAUUAGUAAUUUAAUAGAAGCUGAGACAUGGACACUCAUCUCAAAUGCACGCCAGGCUCCUGUCUAACAUUUCCAUAUAUUUUUUACCACUGUCAAGGCUGUUGGUAGGAGAGGGUUAGGCAGGUUCUGCCACAUAUCCAGAUAAAGUUUGAUGCCUACAUUCAGGAUGUCCGUCUUCUCCUGAUCAUUUGGCAAUGUCUGUGGUUGUCAGAUAAUUUGAGAAGAAACCAUACAUCCUGACCGUCACCAAUUCUACUACUGUAUCAAUGGAAAUCCAAUCCAUAAGUUCUUCUAAGGAUUUGACCUAUUCAUUAAAAAAUUGCUGUGGAAACAAAAGAGAGAUCAGUUGCUGAAUCGAACAAACCAAUCCUCAUCUCCUAUGUGUCCUCCAGCACAGAAGAUGAGAUCUUUUAAAAUCUUGGUCUCUUACACCAUGCUAGGUCUAUAGCCGACUUUGUAAUAUACCAUGGUCACUGUUCAAAGGCAGUUGAAAGAAGGAUCAUAUGUGCCAUAGAACAGAUCAUUCUUAGUCCCAUGAUGUGGACUUGGUUAUAUAAUAAAAAUAAAUAAUACAAGACAACUUCCUAGAACAAUUGUGACCACUUUUCCAGAACCUAAAUAAGGGUGGUACCUGGAUACUACACCAACAUGUUACUCCCGUUGUUUCUAGAAAGCAUGCACAUAUACAUCCCUUUAUAACUGAAGAGUCCAUGACUUUCACCAACAGUGAGACCAUUGGACCCGCUGAUUCUCUGAGAGGCCAGGAGAAUGGUGCGGUACACACCGUAGGUAGUUUAUUCCGUAUAGAAUAUAGUGCAUUUCUUAAUGUAUCAAAAAAAAAAAAACUAGUAAGGCAAGCAAUAUGUUGGAGUCAAGACAAGUAUGGAAAAACCUGAUGGGAUGAUCAGCGCCCUCAAGUGGCAAAUCUUGUGGGAGAAGAACAGUUGGAAUUCCUGUCAUUGCUCAGCAGAAGGAAUUGCGUCAACAACAGGGCAGCCUUGAUGUAAUAGUCUGUAGAAAAUCCUGAAGAGAUCCGUGGAGGGUUGUUUUUCAUGUCAAUCUUUGAAGCAACAAUAAUGAUUUUUUUAUUUUAGCAUAGAAAAAAAAACAAAGAUAAAAAAAACAACACGCACAUAACUGAAAACUGAACCAUUUAUAAACUAUAUAUAUAAAUAUAACAAAAUAAAUUGCUCUUUUUAAUUUCUGAAUUUAAAGUUCUGUUAUCAAAAAUGUAACUAUAUUAUUAAAUAACUUUCUUAUUAAAGGGACACUGUAGGCACCCAGACCACUUCAGCUCAUUAAAGUGGUCUGGGUGCUUUGACCCUGUUCUACUUAGUGCUGCAGUGUUUACAUUGCAACACUAAGUCUGCCUCCAGUGGCUGUCUCCCAGACGUCCUCACGCUAUGCAAGAGGACAUCCAGCUUCAGAUCUUUCCCCGUAGGAAAACACUGAUUCAAUGCUUUCCUAUGGGGAGGACUAAUGCGAGCACUGCAUUUGCUGCGCUUUUGUUUUAGCGGCCACUUGUCGCUGGAGAGUCAACCCAGCGCAGAGGGACAUGGGCAUUGGGGUAAGGCAAGUAAAUAAAUGAUUUUUAACGCUCGGGGGAAGAGGGGUGCGAGGGAGGGGGAGGCAUGGGAAACAAUAGUGCCAAGAAUAUAGCUUUGUAUUCCUGACACUAUAGUAUCCCUUUAAACCAGGCUUCCCCAAACUACGGCCCUCCAGAUGUUGAUGAACUACAACUCCCAUGAUUCUAUGAAUGAAAUAGAUAGGCUGAGAAUCAUGGGAGUUGUAGUUCAGCAACAUCUGGAGGGCCGUAGUUUGGGGAAGCCUGUUUAAACCAAAAUGAGAGAAGAAGAAAGGAUUCAAAUAUUAUUAUAUGAAUAGUGUCAUAAACAAUAAAGAUCACAAAAGGUCAAGAAUUUUGAAGCACAGCCAUAUGUCAAAGCAAAAAGACAGUAGUAUGGAGCCAUUCCAUAAUCCAGGAAAUGUGAUAAUGUAAGACACUAUGGAACCAUCAGCCAACACUAGCAGAUACGGCAAGACGUGUGUAGCAAGUUAUUCCAUCUUAUCUCCCUCCAUGAUACCAGAAACAAAGACAGUUAUGAAGCUUCUUGUCUUUAAUUGCGAUUAUUCUUGACGCCUUGCUGUAGCAAAUGCAGAAUGGUGAGAAGGACUGUGUCACGCCAAAUAUAUGACAGAUUUUGCUUUCACUGAGAAUGUUAUCUUUACAUUGUUUGAGCUAAAACAGCUAGAAAAAGUAAAAUCAAAAGGGUUUCUUUCAGUAAAUGGCGAAUUCUAGCAGGUUGUAAAGUGAAUUGGAAAAUGUAUGCGAAAAUAGCUGAUUUGGUAAACUUCUCCAACACAGAUUUAGGGAAAAUCAAUUAUUAAGGUGAAAUAGAUAGGUGAAAAUUUUGUAGUUUUUAUUUCUUCAAAUUUUACAUUUGCGAGACCGUUUUGCCUGAGUCUCCAUCAGAGGUGACAGUCAGUACUCCUGUAAAGGGGUUGAUCAAUGGGACACAACGUGGAAAGCACCGCAUUUCGGUACUCUAACAGACAGCGCCCCCUUAUGGACCGCACUGACUGCCUGCCUCCUCUGGUCUCCUGUGAUGUCAGAUUACAUCCUCCCAGCGCUGGUGGAAACCGUGCUGUGUGGUAGCCGAGGAGCCAGGAGUUUGCAGCCCUGUAUGUAACGUGUAUGCUGCUUCUCUGUGGUGCCUCUCUGUAAUGCGUGUGGUAUGUGCUGGCUGUAUGUAACGUGUGUGUGUGGAGUGUGCUGCAGUAUGUAACCUUUCAUUGAAUAUGAGGGUUAAUACAAGUUUCUACCACCUUGAGGAUUAGUCCCCAAUAAAAAAAACGAACAUUAUUUUUUGGAAUAAAGCACCAUUUAGUGGUCCUCCACAACACAGCAACAUUCAGAUGCUUUUCUGAUUGAAGCCAUUGAGAACAUCCAGCAUUGAAGAUUUGCAGUCUUUUCCAGCCUGUUGUUAUCCCAGAGAGAGGUGAAAGCCUGAGACUUGGAAGAAGCAGUAGUUGGAUGACCUUGAAGCAUUAGUUAUUUUGUCAGUGGGAACUGUAAUAGUUUCUGCUGAGUCUAUGCAGUCUCUGUGGUGCUGCCGGAACAGAAAAAUAUCUUCACAGCCAUUGGGGGUCUCCACGCUGCUGCCCACCUUUGUACCAUUCGGAAUUAGAAAGGUUCAACGCCAAACUUUCCCACAAUUACAGUAAAAAGUAUUUUAAGAUGGUAAAAAAUUAACAGCCAGGCUGCACGACACUGUAAAAUUAUUAUACGAUUUGGGAUCCUUAAAUGAUUCUGAAAUCCCUCUGGACUGUUCUUGAGUCACGUGCUAGAGAUUGAGGUAUCUCAAGGAUUCAACUCCUCAAGAAUCAGACCCUCGUUCUCCUUUUUUUUUUCUUCCUUAUCCUUUUUUUUUUUAUUAUUCUGUUUUAUUGAGUGUGUGCCAACCAUAGGCAGAAAAGCAUAGUACAUAAAACAAAUAGAGGACAUGCUUAAUCGAUAGUCGAAAUUCAGUAGUAUAGUUAGUUGUGCAGCAUGUGAACCCUAUUGCAGCAACACACUUAGUUCCGGUCCGGAUGAUGUUCGGUUGAUAAAUACCAGUAAUAAAUAAAUGUCCGGUCUUGACUCCUCUGCAUGAAAAAUGAAAAACAAAAUAAUAAAAAUAAAAUAAAUGAGAAAAUGGUCUCUGCAAAAAUCUAAUUCUAGAAAGAGAAUGGGGAAGUGGGAAUGAGAAGAAAAACAAUAUUGGACAGGGAGAUGAAAGGAAGAACUCGUAGAGUUAGGAGAAAUGCAGAGAAAGUAUGGAAGAAUAGCAAUGGGAUACCCUGAAAAGGUUUAGAUCAGGGCUGUCCAACCUGCGGCCCCCCAGAUGUUGCUGAACUACAACUCCCAUGAUUCCCUGGCUAUCUGUUUCAUUGAAAGAAUCAUGGGAGUUGUAGUUCAGCAACAUCUGGGGGGGGGUGCAGGUUGGACUGGCCUGGUUUAGAUAGAGGAACAGUGGAGAGAAAACCCCAAAGGUGGAGAGCCGAGUCUAUAAACCUCUGUAGUAUGGGCAGAGUGGAACCAGAGCCUUCUUCGGUAUUCACAACUGACCACAUAGACACAUAGCAGGUGAUAUUUUGGCGCAAAAUGUGAAACUCUCCUAAAAUUCACAUUGCAUUCCUAACAAUUCACACUUCAGUGAAUAACCAUGUUUCAAUUCACAAUAGGUACCACUUUAGUGGAUGACCCUAGGAGUUGUGUGCACAACUGCAAAAUAAUUCAAGUGCACUAGAAAGAAAUAAAUGGGUCUUCAUAAUAUACCCAGUGGGUAAGUAGCAUUGGGUGAGAUAAUAAAAUGUCAUUGUAUUUUAUUGAUCUCGUAAUUGACCCAUCAGACAUUUUGACGUAGAAGAUUUCAUUAUGAACAGUCAGAUGAGGAAUCAAAAUACAAAACUGGGUGGUGAACUUUGACUCUGUCCAACUAUUGUUGGCCUACAACACACAUAAUCCAUUUGCAUUGAAGAGAAUUAUGGACAUUGUAGUCCAAAAGCUGCUGUGGAACAAUGUUUGACAGCUCCACUAAGGAGAAGAAUUAGACAACAACUAAAGGAACAUUGAAAUCCAAUUCUUAAGCUCUACCUAUCCCUUAGAUCGCAGUUGCAUCACAUAGAGUACCGCUACAGAUAACAUGGGAGCUCACAUGUUACCCUGGUAACAUGGUACACACAUUUAUCCAAAUCCCAAUCCACUGCAUGAUUUGCUUUUUGUUUAAUGUUGAUUAUAUGGUGUUUAUUCAAGCAACUACAAUUUGGAUUUCUGUAUGUUAUCUAUAUUUUGUGGUUAGAGGUUUAAAAUUUUGUAAUUAAUAUAAAGAAGCUGUCAAAUAAUAUUUGGUGAGUACAGCUAUAUGGUAUGCUAUUCUCAUCUAGUAGUUCAAUAGGUGAAGUGCUGGCGUUAUUUUACAGACAGGUGAAGGUACGGAAUGUUGUAUCUUCCAUAUCUGACAAAUAAAUAAAGAGUAGCAUAAGGUGAGAAGAACGUAAAGUAAAGUAUAUUCUUUUUCUCUUCUACAGAUUAACGCAGAGGGCAGUGUGGAUGACGUCUUCGCGCAAGUCAGCGGAGCACUAGACUCCCUUAAAUGA